GGGGGAUGGGAAACAGAUGACAGUUGUUUUUGUUGUGAUUUGUACGUUUCAGAGUUGAGGAGAAUUUCUGCUAAUCAGUUUAGUUUCCGAAGGCUGAGAGAGGAAGGACCUCAAAGGACUCUUCAAACGGACAGCGGCCGAACCUGGGGGAUUAAAACACAGGUAUGCAUUCCACAGUUUUUGCAUGAAUUGCCUCCCCGAUCCUUUUAUUUAUUUGUAUGUCACCUCCAAUUCAGAAUUAUUGUCACCUCCAAUUCUGAAUUAAUGUCACCCCCAAUUCAGAAUUAAUGUUACCCCCAAUUCAGAAUUAUUGCCACCUCCAAUUCAGAAUUAUUGUCACUUCCAAUUCAGAAUUAAUGCCAUCCUCAGAUCAGCAUCAUUCACAGGAUUGACACCCUACUCUGAUAAAAAAAAAUAAAAAAAAAUCAUACAACAAGCUCGUGCUAGAAUCUACAAUCUAGUCAGACAUAACUCUGCAACAUACAUGGUAGAAUAUACAUUAACUUCUAGAAAACACUUUUAUUUCCCGUCAUUCUCAGUUUCAUCCAGUCCUAGUAUAGCCAACUACUACAUCCCUCUGGCUGAGGAAAAUCCAUCGCUAAAUUAGUUAUGCUCAGUCCAGGGUCUCUGGUUUUGGAUGUGAUGCUGACAGGAAAUUCAGUCAUUUGGGGGCAUUCCUACCAAAAUGAGGUGUUUUUAAUAAUUAGACAUAUUUAUGUACAUUAUUUUAGCUUGUUCAUGGAGCUAAGUUGUUUCACCCAGGAUCAAAGCAUCACUGACAAAAUAAGACAGCUUCAACCUAAGUUAAAUCUAUAACAUUUGAGCACAUAUAUUGUUUAUGAAAUAAAACACAGGAAAGAAAAUGAAUGUAAACUAUUAUAUUGUUAUUUGACUAUUAAAGAUUUAGCAAUAUGAUUUUGAUUCCGCGCUAAGCAAUUAUAACCAUUUCCUUUUUGUUUGUUUUUUUAAAUCAGAGGGCUAAUUGUUCAAUUUUGCUAGGUAGACUUUUUGGUGGUGGUGGUGAGGGGAGUCAUAUUUUUUUCUGAUUUAUAUCACUAAUACCUCUUUAGUUAUAAUGAAAGACUCCUGCUGGCUUUUAGCCCAGUAUGCAGGCAAAUAAUCUCAACUAAAUAGCUUUUAAUUUAAUAGAAAGCCUUCUGUUCUAUUCUGUACUAGUAGUUCUUUUAUCAACUUUAUUUAUGGUGAUUAACAGAACACUCACACCAGAUUUUAAUUAUAUGGAAAUAAACACAAAUGUGUUAAUAUAUCACUAAAUCUUUAUACAUUAUUUACAUGGUACUGUGAUGGCAAACCUUGACAAUGCAGAGGUUUGCAGAAUAUUCUUAUGCCCCAAAACAUCUGAAGUGCCAAAGACAGCCAUCACAUUUAUCUUCUAAACCUACUUGGCUGAGUUUAUGCGUGCAGCCUUCACGUAGAUAUAUAAUAACUGCCAGCUCUGCAUCAGUCCCCAAUUUACAGCUUUAUUCCCCCCACCCCCCUGAAUUCCAGUACAGUGUUCUAUGAAUAAACCUCCCUAAUCUGAUUACUAUUAUGCCCUACUUGUUUAGCGUAGAACCACUCGCUGAUAUCUGGCUUAUAACGAUUGUUUACUGGGGUCAAAAAGAGUUCUGUUCAUUCAACGUAGAAUUAAGGGCAGUACUUCAGCCUGAGGGGAAUGUGACAACUAAUCUCACGCAAUGUUACAGUAAUCAAGUUCAAUAUUUUGCUCUACGCCCUUACCCCAACAUAAUUUUAAAUGUAUGGGGUUUAGAAAACACAUUACCUACUUAAAACAGCAUUGGUGAAUAAAUGAAUAAUAAAACGUAACAGAUUUAAUGUUAAAUGAGUGUAUAGGUUAUGAAGCUUGGAGUGUUCUUAUAAUGCAUUAUAUAAAUAAUGCAUUCAACUUGUGCAAUAAAGCAAACUAAAACUAAAGAAUAAAAAUGCCCAUAAAUAUCAUAAAACUGCAGAAGCAAGUGCUGCAGCUGGCAGACCCCUCUCUGACAUUGAAGUGGCUCCACAAGUCAUGAGCCACUCAUGGGUUUACGGUUUACUUAACCCAUAGCCCCUAUUCAGUAAUAUUUUGGGGAUAUGUAGUUUAUACCCUUGCCACAGUUCCACUCAUGAAAUUGGAUAAGUAGAAAUGCUCAAUAACGCUGACAGAAGCCAGCUGUUUUUCUGUCUGUAUCUGUGUGUGUCUGGAAGUUACUGUGAGUUUGGCAAGAGGUAUAUCUAGUAGGUGUUAAGGGGUGGCGUUUGGGUGGGGUAGGGUGUGGCUUUCACUUAAAUAGUGUUUUAGGCUUAACACUCAGGUAUUUUUUACCUCAGCAACGCCCCUGAAAGGAUCCUUCUUGGCUACCAAACAUCUGUGAGGACAUGCAUGUGUCCUCAUAGAUACGCAUUGUGGACCUAAUGCGCAUGCGCGGCAAGUGCCACACAUCCAAAAUUCCCCAUAGGAAUUCAGUACAUUCCUAUGAGCUGCACUGUCAUGGAAGACAUACACUAGUGGUGUGUUUAAUGCUGCAAUGUUUCUACAAAAUUGCAAUGUUUUUCAUUACAGGGUUAAAAUGACAGGACCACUGAACCCUGACCACUUCAUUGAUAUGAAGUGAUCUGGGUGACUUAAUGGUCCUUUAACUAGGGAUCAACCGAUUAUCGGUUUUGCUGAUAUUAUCGGCUGAUAUUCAGAUUUUUUGUACAUAUCGGUAUCACCCGAUAAUGACCGGUAACACCGAUAAUGAAUGGGUGGGCCAGCGGCCUCCUUAGGGCGCACCAGCUGGGGGCACAGCCCUCCCUUCUGCUAGUCACUCUGUAUAGCGUGGCCAAGCGGAGCAGUGUGCACCGCAGUACAGGAACUUAUGUUUCCUGUACCUGGCCGGACUGAAAGGAAGUGCUCACUGAGAGAACACUUCCUGUCAGUCAGGCCAUGUACAGGAGACUGAAUCUCCUGUAUUGUGGUGCGCAGUGCAAUGCUACCAGGAGACACACCGGGGAGCGGGGACCAAGGAGGGGAGAGAGAGGGGCACUAAGGGAGAGGGGGCAAUAAGGGAUAGGGGGUGGUAAGGAUCACUAUGGGAUGGGGGUGGUAGAACACUAUGGGACCGGCGGUGGGGUGGUAAGGAACAAUAUGGAGGGGUGGAAAGGAACACUAUGGGGGAGGGGGUGGAAAGGAACACUAUAGGGGAGAGGGGGUGGAAAGGAAUACUAUGUAGGGGGAAUACUAUAGGGAAGGGAGUUUGAAAGGAACACUAUCAGGAAGGAAGUGGUGGAAAGGAACACUAUGUAAGGGGGGUGGUAAGGAACACUAUGGGGAAGGGGGGUGGAAAGGAACACUAUGUAAGGAGGGUGGUAAGGAACACUAUGGGACAGGGGAGGGGUGGGAAAUGACACUAUGGGACAGGGAAGGGGGGGACAAGAACACUUUCGGACGGGUGGGGAGAAGAACACAAGGAGGGAGAGAGGAACAUUAAUUGAGGACACUAAGAUACAGGUAAGGGAAGGAAAAAGGAACACUGGGUUAGGGGAAGGACCACUAAAAGAGAAGGGAGAGGAACACUGCAUCCACUAAAUAAACACACACACUGAAUCCACUACCCACACUGCAUCCACUACACAAACACAUUGCAUCCACUACCUACACUGCACCCACUACACAAACAAACACAUUGCAUCCACUACCCACACUACAUCCACUACACAAACACACUGCAUCCACUACACACACACUACAUCCACUAUCCACACUGCAUCAACUAUACAAACAAACACAUUGCAUCCACUACAUAAACACACACACACUGCAUUUACUAAUCAAAUACUCUCACUGCAUCCACUACACACACAUAUAAAUAUUCUUGAAAACAUGAAAAAAAUCUGACUGGCAUGUAUAUUUUGUGCAUUUACCACUUAAUAAAAAAAAGAUUUGCAAAAAAAAUAAAUACGUUAAAUGUACAGAAUAUCAGCUAUCUUCUAAAUGGCAAAUAAUUAAUCACUGACAUUGCAGGAGUAUGAUCCAUGUGGCCAACAGACCCUCGCCACAGGCUUUUGGAGGAGCCUGCUUGCCAGCCUCCUGCCAAAAGACUAUGGGCCAGGUCAGUGACUGUGAAAACCCAUAUUUUAUUCCCCCUCGGUUCUCCAUAGAACCGAACGCUAGCUCACUGGCGGCCGUUCGCAUGGACCAAAACCGCAAAUAGACUUCAGGGAAAACUUAGCAGCGAAUGCCCUGGAACUAUUUUCGGCAUGAAAACUUUGCGGUUCCCGCUCGGUCCCCAGCAGCACUUAGCCACGAUUCUAUGGAAAUGUCUUGGGCAUGGGACAGCCAAAACUAUGACUUCCAGAAAAUUCCUGAACGCCAGAACCGAUCUGGGUGAUUUUUGGAUAUGUUGUUCACCCAGAUCGGGGCUGUCAGGAUAUAACUUUUGUGUUGUUGUUUUUUUAAUAUGUCUUAAAGGUAUUUUUGGGGUUUUAUAAAAAUGUGUGUUUUUGUGUCUGGAGAUAAUUGAGUUAAUACAGUACUUGACUCAAUUAUCUCCCAGGUACAGAAGAGGGAUUGACCUAGUUUGUAUGGGAGUGUCCUGGAUCUGAGAGCCAAUGUGAUUGUGUAUUUGUUUCUACUGUAGUUUACUCUCAGGUCCAGGGGGGAGUGCCCCUCGCAUGAGGACUGUCAUAAAAGGACAAGUGUAGUCCCAUUAAAGUCAGUUCACUUAACCCUCAAUACGCAGCCUUAUCUCGUGAUUGUAGGGAACAGCUAUACCAGCUAUACCUGCUUCGGAUUGCUAUACUGGCUAUAAUCACUAGCUCUUGUAAGAGCUAUACCUGCUAGACUCUCAGGAGUAGGAGAGGUCCACUGGAAGCUGGACCCUGGGCUUAGGUCCAGGGUGGGUGGAGGACAGCAAGACCCCAGCCAAGCUACAGCGGCUAAGGGGCUACAGUGCUUAUGGUGUCCGGUGCGGUGCUUAUAGUACUCCAGGCUACUAGGAAGCAGCGAUUGGCAGAGGCACCCAGUCGGGUUGCCAGGCGGUCCGUCACACACCAAAACUACUUAAUUAAGCUAAUUUGUUUUGGUGUUUAAAGUUUAAGGUAUCCCUUCAAGAUUUUUCAAUCCACUUUUUUAAAAAAAAUCCCUUAUUCCUGUUUCUUUUCAUGUUUUAAGCAUUCUCACUCUGGGUAACAAAAAAAGAUCCAGUGCCACUACAGGCACUACAUAGGCAAUGUCAUAUGGCAAAACAAAAGACACCGUUUAGAUCGAAACAUAUUGUAUUGCACAAAAUCAACUGCAGGACUCCGCUUACUGCACUUGCACCUUUGCUACUUAGUAACCCAACUGGCCCAAGAGGUGAUGUGGCACUCUGCCCCGGAAGCAAGGAAGCUGAUAGAUUUGGAAUUCCUUAUGAUGGGUGCAGAUCUACCUCAGUUCUGUAUGUGGGUUCCAAAGGAACCCACAUAUGUGAAUGUCCAGCGAUAAUGAACUCACUGUGGGUCUGAAAUGCCAACAACAACACAUUUUUAUUGGCCUCUUCAACAUCCCCAAUGACUGCAUUAUUUAGAAAUUGGGCCUUCCUGUCCUUCCUAAAGACGAGGGAUUUUCCGGUCAUAGAGAAUGUAGGGGUUAAAAGAAUUAUCUAGUAAAUGUAUGGAUGUCUCGUGGUACCCUUUUGAGAACUCCAGAACCGCUCUUCCCUAACCCCAGCAGAUUAUUUCAGAUAUAUACACAUGCUAAUCAAAGUGUCUUAUUUGUAUAUAUCUGAAAUAUAUCAAUCACGAGACUUUGCCAAUUCUUUGAAAAAAUGUGCUUCGUAGAAACAAACCAAAGAGACCUAAUUAUUAUAUGCACUCCUAAGCUCAAACUCUACAGAAUGGUGGUGAUAUGGGAAGCAAAUAUGAAAACAUCUGUCUGUGUCACAUCAUAGAAAAGCAUGUUCAGAUAGUACAAUACUUCUGUUUCAUAUGAAGAAAGCAGAGGCACAUGUGGUGGUUCUAUCUGAAGGUAGCCACAUUCUGGGAGGGUGUUAGGAACCUGUUAUUUAUUAUUAUUUUGGGCAUUUAUAUAGUGCCAACAUAUUCUGCAGCGCUUUACAAUAUUAUAAGAGGGGGAUAUUUAGCAAUAAAUGAGACAAUUCUAAAGUGUUACAGGAAGAGUAGGUUGAGGAUGUCCCUUCUCAAACAAGCUUACAGUCUAGGAGUGGAUUAUAAAACACAAUAGGCCAGGGAUGGGAGUGAAGCAGAACUGGAGGAGAGUAGAGUGCUGCCCUUUAGGGAGACAGGUAUGUGAGGUAGAGGUUACUCUGGGAGGUCAUAAGCUUUCCUGAAGAGAUGGGUUUGGAGGCACUUCUUAAAGGAUUGAGACUCGGGGAGAGUCUGAUGGUUGUAGGCAGGCUGUUCCAUACAUAAGGAGCCGCCUGUUAUACUUGUUUUUACAAGUAUUUGGUAGAAGAGCUGACCUGGUCCCUUGGGUAUUCCUACUUUCCAAGCCACUGAAGACUAUGACUACAGCUGAACAAAGUGUUUUCGAUAAAAUAACAGCUGCCAGAAGGGCCUUAGCUCAAUCUUAAAUUCAGAAAUACCGCUCAUGGAUGCAAUAAUUCUAAAAAUCAAUGAUAACUAUUUAAUGGAUAAGCUAACCGUGUAGGUCAAGAGUACCUUUUCAACAUUUAAUUUCGACCCCAUAAGAAAACAUACAGGGGCGAUAAAGCAUGUGCAUUCAUUUGCAUGUAAUCCAAGCAUGCAAAUAUCUGUUUGGGCUCACAAGUAUUCAGUUGUACUCCACAGUACAAAAAUAUAUAAUUUAUCUUUAUGAAUCUCCACUGGGGCCCCGUUCCCUCCCCCACCCCCCAAAAAAAUUAAAAUAAUUCACUAUUUAGUUGAUAAACAUGUAUGCAUUUAAUUAUAUAUUUUUGUUUUUCUCAUAGGGAAUAUAUAUAAAAACAGCUCUAAAACAGAUCUCUUGCCUGAAGCCUUUACAAAACGCUCCCCUUCUAACCCCGCCAGACCUUCCCUAUACAGCUCCAUGAGAAGUGCUCUGGGUAAUUGCUGCCUCUUGAGUUUAGCUCCACUGAGCUAACCAAACCAGGAAGUAACAGGACCUGUUGUGUAAUUGACAGCUAAGGGAGUGUAACCAGAUUAAUUUAUAAAAGUGUCAAUUUCUAUUGAAUGAAAAAAGAGGACACACUUUUUACACAGAAAACACUUUAGCAAGCUCAGGGGUAUGAGGUGUACCUUUAAUGCUUUGGGAGCAGUUUUAGUGCAGGGCAAAAGUAUAUACUUGAUCUAUACGUUUAUGUAAUUCUUAUCUGUCUUUUCUAUUUUUCUUCUCAUUUGACCAUAUAUGUGCAUUACAUAUUGUAUUAUCUGUAUGGCAUAUAAGUUAUUGAUUAUGUAUAUUUGCAUUUUCUGUUUUCCUUUUCCUGCAUCUUUUCCGUUGUAAGAUUUUCUUUUACAUGUUUUUUAUUUUAUUUUCAUUUAUUUUUUAACUUACUUGAAACUUAAAAGUUACAAUAAUACAUACAAUUUGUCCAAAAGGUUAUUUCCCUUUAUUUAUUGAUCCAGAGAAAAGCAAAAAACCUUGUACAUACUUUUAGCAAUAUGUCGCAAGUAAAAAAUUCCUUUCCUAUUUUAAAAUGAGUGGCUAUAUUUCUGUCCCUGGACUUUGUAUGUCAAAUGAAAAAAAUCCUUUUCACAAACAAAUAGAAAUCCUGACCCCCAUGCUAAGGCACUCUGCAAUCGAGGUACAUUACCCUGUUCCCUGACCAUCACACUUCUUAAAUAUCCAUGAGCAUGUCCUGCUUCUCCCAAACUGUUUAAACUCUGUGGUUUUUAGACAUAUUCUGUGUUCUGUGGUUUUGAGCACCAUUAGUGCAAACAUUUAUAGGAAGCAAUGCUUUGGAUAUGACUUUCCCUAUGAGUGCUAGGUUUAAUCUCUGAAACAGUUGUGCUCAAAGGUUUGCAUACCCUGGCAGAAAAUGUGAAAUUUUGGCAUUGAUUUUGAAAAUAUGACUGAUAAUGCAAAUAAAUGUCUUUUAUUGAAGGAUAUUGAUCAUAUGAAGCCAUUUAUUAUCACAUAGUUGUUUGGCUCCUGAUCAAAUCACCCAAAUUGCCCUGCUCAAAAUUUUAUAUACCCUUAAAUAUUUGGCCUUUAACACACAGGUUAAAAUGGCAAUAACAGGAUAAUUUCCCACACUUGUGGCUUUCUAAAUGGCAAUUAGUGUUUGUUUAUAAAUAGUCAAUGAGUUUGUUAGCUCUCACGUGGAUGCACUGAGCAGGCUAGAUACUGAGCCAUGGGAAGCAGUAAAGAACUGUCAAAAGACCUGCGUAGCAACGUAAUGGAACGACCGCAAGACCCCAGCUAAGCUGCGGCGGCUAAGGGGCUACGGUGCUUUUGGUGUUCGGUGCGGUGCUUAUAGUAUUCAUUGAUUGGCAGAGGUACCCAGUCGGGGUGCCAGGCGGUCUGUCACAAGCGUGUAUAUCAGAAGCAGGAACCCAAGAACAAUCAGCAAGGCCAUAACCCUUCCAAUCAACCAAGUACUGCAAAGAACCAUAAGGAAAUCUGGAAUCAAUUAUGGAGGAGACUUCGUACUCCUCCCGUCCAGCUAUAACCAAAGGAGGAGGAGGGACAAAAGGGACAGUAUACCUAUUGCAGAUAAGAGGCUUAAGCAAAGAGACAUGAAAUUAUUUAGGUAUACGCAAGGAGGCUGGAAGUGCAAGAGAAUAUGAAACAGGAUUGAUUUUUCGAAUAAUAUGAAAAGGCCCAAUAAACCUGGAUGCAAACGUCAUACUAGGAACCUUGAGUCUGAUAUUUUGCGAGGAGAGCCAUACACGAUCACCCACCUGGUAAACGGUUGGCACCACGAUGCUUAUCAGCAUGAUAUUUGAAACGAGCUUCAGCAGUUUUAAGAUCCGUGUGGACCUUAGUCCAAGUCUCACGUAUACAUAUGAGAUGCUCAUCCAGAGCAGGAAUAGCAGUGUCGGAGAACACCGCAGGAAGAACAGUAGGAUGACCAUCGUUGUUGACAAACAAUGGACUGUGUCCAGAUGAGUCAUGAGUAGCAUUAUUCCUGGCAAAUUCGGCCCAAGGUAGUAAGUCAAACCAGUUUUCCUGAGUGCUAUUAAUAAAACAUCGCAAAUAUAGUUCCAACGACUGGUUGGCCCUCUCAGUCGCACCAUUAGUUUGAGGAUGGUAUGAAUAUGAAAAUGAAAAAUCAUUACCCAACUGUUUGUUAAAUGCUCUCCAAAAUCAUGUUACAAAUUGGGAACCCCUGUCAGACACAAUAUUUAGUGGAAACCAUGUAAUCUGGCAAUUUCGCUUAUAAAUAUAUGAACCAGCUCUUGGGAAGAAGGUAACUUUUUGAGCGGAACAAAGUGGGCUAUUUUAGAAAAGCGAUCAACCACCAUUAGAAAUCGGGAGUUCCACAAUGAAGUCCACAAACAAAUGAGACCAUGGGACACUGGGUAUAGGAAGUGGUUGUAAUAACCCACAUGGUAGUUUAUGGGGAACCUUAGAAAUCGCACAAAUUGUACAAGCCUCCACAUAUUCUCUGAUGUAUUUUCUAAGAGAAGGCCAUCAAAAUGAUCUGGAGACAGCGCAUACAGUUUUAUUAAUACCUGGAGGUCCAGCUGUCACACUAUCGUUGAACACUCUUAGCACCUCCUUUCUUUCUAGCAACGGAAUGAACAAUAUAUCUUGAGGUUUAUCACUAGGUGCCUGAGACUGAACCGCCAUGAUAGCACAAAAGAGGAGAAGACAAGGAAACGACAGUAGAAGCAAUGAUACACUCCGGUGGAAUGAUAGGGGAGGUCUCUUGUUCUUGUUCUGACUCUGUCAAAUUGCCUAGAUAGGACGUCAGCCUUAACGUUCUUAGGACCUGGUCUGUACGUGAUGAUAAAGUUAAAGCGUAACACAAACAAUGACCAUCUAGCUUGUCUAGAAGACAGCCUUUUAGCAUCUCCAAUGUAUGCCAAGUUUUUGCGAUCAGUUAUGAUCAGGAGAGGAUCCUGGGAACCAUACAAAAGAUGUCGCCAUUCUUUCAGAGCUAGUAUAAUGGCCAACAAUUCUCUGUUACCAAUAUCAUAAUUACGCUUUGCUGGUGACAACUUUCUAGAAAAGAACCCACAAGGAUGCGAAGAGGUAUACUGACUCUCCCUCUGAGAAGAAACAGCCUCUACCCCUGUCUCAGAGGCGUCUACCUCUAGUAUGAAGGGUUUGCUAGUGUCAGCAUGUACCAAUAUGUCAGCAGAGGGGAAUCAUUUCUGAAGAAGUUCAAAAGCUUCUCUAGCUUCUUUAGACCAUAUAGUACAGUUAACUCCCUUACGUGUCAUAUUGGUGAUGGGCGCUAUCACAGUAGCGAAACCUUUGAUGAAUCUCCUAUAGUAAUUAGCAAACCCAAUAAACUUUUUAAUGGCUUUUAACCCAUUAGGUAAUGGCCAGUGUAGAACAACUUCAAGUUUGUGAGGGUCCAUCUGAAAACCAGAGGCUGAAAUAUUAUAUCCCAAGAACUGUACCUCCUUCUGGUCAAAUAUGCAUUUCUCAAGUUUGCAAAACUUGCUUCACAUGCCCAUGAUGAGUCUGGAGGUAAUAAAUGAGAAUAUCAUUUAGAUAUAUGACUCGGCGGACAUCCUGGUCCUCCUUUGGACUGCUUAUAUUGUAUAUAUAAAUUUGGUAGUCACAGUGGGACUCCAAGAGGAGCUGUCCAUUAAGCUACAAAUAAUAAAAGGAAAAUAUACUCAUUAAAGUGCCAUGAGAGGAUAUAGACUAGGGAGGAAAAGGGGGGUGGGGAGUAAAACAGGAGAAAAGGCAAUAUAUAUAUAAAAAGUGGAAUAACAAUUUUGUAUAUGACAUAAAAAUAAAUUAUGUAUAUGGCAUAUAAAAUAAAUAUAUCUAAAAUAUGUAUUAAGCAAUAUAUAUAAAAAAAUGUAUUAUACAAUAUAUAAAUACAAAAUACAUAAAAAUGUUAAAUAUAUAUAUAUAUAUAUUUAAAUAUAAUUAUACAUGUCAAAGUCUAUGUUUAAACUUUCUGGCGAGAGGGUUCCUAAUUCGAAAAUCCACUUAAUUUCAGUUUUGUUCAAUAAUUUCAAAUGGUACCCCCCUCUCUAGGGCUUUUACACUUUUUGAAUACAAAUAAAACUAAAAUCCCCAUUGUGAGCUUUCUUAAAACGAGCUGAAACCGAGUGAGUUAAAAUCUUAUUUUUUUACAUUUCUUAUAUGCUCAUUUAUUCUUGUUUUUAAUGGUAUUGUGGUUCUGCCCACAUACUGGAGCCCGCAUUGGCAUUUUAAAAGGUAUAUAACAUGACUUGUAUCACAUGUGAUAAAUGAUUUGAUCUUAAACUCCUUGUUAUUGGUUCUGGAGUCAAAUUGAUCAAUUUUCCUAGUACUAGCCUUUGUUACUUGGCAGGCUUUGCAUUGUCCACAAUGGAAGAAACUUUUGAUCUCUUUGCCUGCAAAGUCCCUAUCCCCUAAACUCUCUUUCGCAAUACAUCUUUUGAUUAGUAUUUGCUUCAAAUUCCUCGCUCCUUGGCUUUUGUCCAAUAAAAACAUUGAGAUCCUUAUAUUUUUGGAGAAUGUGCCAGUGUUUAUUUAAAACAUUUUUAAGAUCCCGACUUUGUGUAUUAAAAUUAAAGAAAAAAACUGAUUUGCUCAUCUGUAAUUGGAUUUUUGUCUUUCCCUAUAUUUGAAUAGUUCUUCUCUCGGUUUUACAUCGAUUUCUAAAAACUUUUCUUCUACUUCCUCUUUCCCAUAUCUUUUCUGAUAAAAAUGUUUCUUUAAUUUUCUCGAUUGUUCUACAAAUGUGCCUUCAUCUUUGCAGUUCCUCUUCAACCUAGUUAAUUGACCUUUGGGAAUAUUCAUUAACCAAGGGGAGAAGUGGCAGCCUCUUUUGUCUGUCACUAUUAAUAUCCAUUUUUAAAAAAAGGUCUUCGUUUUCAUAAUACCAGUAUCAAUAAAAUUUGUGAGAUCUAAAAAAUUCUCCUCUUGGGUACUUAUAUCCAUAAUUAAUUUAAUGCCCCAGAAUUUGGAGUUUAAGAAAGUUAUAAAAAGAUCAAGCGAGGCACGGCUACCUUUCCAAACAAAGAAUAUAUCAUCGCUAUAUCUUCUAUAGAGGACCAGGUUUGCACUCCAGUCAUUUCCAGAAUAGACAAAUGACUCUUCCCAAUAUGCCAUAAAUAGGUUAGCAUAACUUGGUGCAAACUUGGUCCCCAUUGCUUUGCCUCGCUUCUGUAAAUAGAAAUGUCCCUCGAACCAAAAAAUAAUUGUUAUGUAAAAUGAGGGAGAUGCCAGCUGUUCUUCCUUAAAAUCCUUGGACCGGUUCAUAAAAAAAUCUAACAGCCUCACAGCGAAGGUGGUGUAAAGACCGCUUACAUCACAAGUAACUAGAAAGCAGUCUCCACACCAUUUAAACCAUCUAAAAUCUGUAAUAAAUUAAUAGUAUCUUUCAGAUAGGAUCUAGUUUCAACCACCAAUGGAUAUAAUUAAAAAAUCUAUAUAUUGUGACAGGGGGUAUAAAAGUGAAUCCACCCCUACCACAAUGGUUCUGCCUGGAGGGCAGGUAGAAUUCUUAUAUAGCUUAGGUAAUAUAUAUAUUACUGGUAUAAUGGAGUGAUCGUGGUAUAAAAAUUUGUAUUAAUUUUUAAUUAAAAUACCUUUUCACACCAUUAUCUCAAAAUAUACUGAGCUUUUUCCUUAUUUCUCGUUCUGGAUUAUUUUUUAAUUUACAGUAAGUUUCGUGUCUAAUAAUUGAUAAAAAAUCUCAUUGUUAUAAAAAGACUUAUCCAUAAUAAACACCUCUGUGACUUUAUCAGCGGGUUUGAUUAUUAUGUUUAUGCCCACCCUUAGUUUUUUUAGGGCUUUCUCCAUUAGGUAGAUUGUUCAAAAACUUAGAUAAAGGUUAAAUUUUUUUAUGUCGCUAAUGCAAGCUUCUUCAAAUGUUUUCAUGCUUUCAGUCUUUAAAUGAUAUGAAAAAAAAAAAAAAUCAGACCUUGGUUUAAGUAUUAGUAUGUUUAAAACUAUCUAGUUCACUACUGUGUCUGUCUCUUUUCUCUACAUUUAAAAAAGAUUUUUAAAGCCACAAUUUUUUCAUAUGGCGAUUAAGGUCAAUGAAUGUUUCAAAUUUGUUCAGGCCACAAAUAGGAGCAAAUUUAAAACCUUUCUCUAAAACUCUAUGUUGUUCUGAACCAAAUUGUUUUUAGAUAAAUUAAAUUUUAUAGGUUUGACUUUCUCCAUUAGUUUUCUCUCCUCUUGUUUGUCUUCCUCUGUUCCCCAUUGACUCUCUUCUUCGUAUUAGGGGUGAGCGGGGAGAUCUUGGCCUCAAAUCGUGAGAUCUCGGGCUCCCCAAAAAAACUUCUUCUCUCUCAAAGGUUCAUAUCUAUUUCUUAAAUGUAUAGGCCUCUUAGUGGGUAUUCUUUCCCUAUUUGAGGGAAGGUGGGUUGUUUUCUUCUGAUUAGAAAAUUCGGGUCCUCUAUUGAACCGAGGUGGAGUGGUAUUCCUUUUCCUCUGUUUUUCUCUUCUUAUUUCCAUCCAUCCCUCCCCAUUCCUUCCUUUAUUGGUCUCCCACUGUCUAUUUUGUCUAUCCUCAUAGACUUUGGACUGUUACUUUGGGAUAUUUCUUCCCUCAAUUUGUACUAAAUCUUUUCUCGUUGUAGCCUGAUCUUCUCUCUUUUUAUCAUUUUUCAAAUUCUCUUUUUUUAUUUUGUUUUCCUGAUAUUGUCUCUUUUGUAGUCAUCUAUAUCUCUUACAUAUAUUUUAUACUUUGUUUUUAGAAUGUCUUGUUUUUUGGAGAUAAUCAGAGAUAUAUCUUCGAAAUAUUUGGUUCACACAAAAGGCUCUAAUUUCACCCUUAUACUCUUGAUUGCUCCAUCUAUUUUUCCCAAGGAAAUUGUUCUCUGCUCUACAAUGAUCUUCAUCAUAGUGACAGAGAAGGACUCCAGGGCUGAAUUCCAAAUGGAGAUGAAAGAGUCGUCAUCACGAUCAAAAGUGGAAAAUUUGCUGAACUGUAAUCCCCUCGGGGUAAUCUCUUCCUUCAGAUAUUUCUCUAAUGUAAAGAUUUCACAUUUUAUCUUUAAAUCUAUAAUCAAUAAUUUCUCUAAUUCUCCAAAAAUAAUAUCAAGAUUAUCACUCUCUUUUAUUUGUACUUGGCUGGAAUUCCUAUUGUGGUUAGAAUUGAACUUUUCUUUUAUAUUUUCAGGCCAUUUUUCCCUUCUCUCAAAAAUGGCCAUUUAUGCACAGGAGAAAUACACACUAUAUAAACAAAAGCAGUCUAAAAUUACACUUAGUGAUUGAAUAUAAACAUAGAAUAGAUCGAUAGUACAAAAACUAUUGGAGCUGAUUUAUAAAGUGCAAAAGAUGACAAGCAAUGUAUGCAAAUGCUGCUAGUUGACACCGUGAAAUCAAUCACAAAAAUUCCACAAAAUGUAAAGAUAUAAAGAUAAGUGAACAGCCCAGUGCUCCGACCCUUCUUCCAACGACUGCGCUCUCUCUGCGUAUUUGGAAGAGGUUGGGCCAAAACUGUGCAUGGCAGGACCGACCUCCCUGGAUACACCAAUGUCUAGCAUAGUUAUGAUGUUACCCACAUUCAACCCUAAAUGCUGUAUGAAGGGGGGAUGUACUCACCUUGGCAAUCUUUUCACUCAAAUAAGAUAAAUGAUUUCCCCACACUGCAACGCAAAUUCAGGCUCCCAUCUAGGGCACUCUUUUUCUACUUGCAAAUUAAAUCAUAAUACCUUAAAAAACUGCCAUAACAAAUCAGGGGGAGGGCUCCUCUCCCCUUUUGAACAGUUAUGCAUGUAUUGAACCCCCCCCCCCAAAAGUAUUGUCUAUUACAUAUAACCUGUUAUCAUCUGAUCACUCAACAUGGACGACCGAGUUUAUAAGGUUCUGGCAUGGGGAACUGGGACAAUCAUAUGAUAAAGAACAGUCCCUAUGCUGCUUGUAAAAUGAAAAUCCAUCCACUCAAUCCUGAGAUAGAAUCAGUAUGAAUUAUCGCCAAGUGCUGUAAGUAGAUACUAACUUCUGGAAAACACUCCAUAGGAAGAGGAGUAACAUCUCUAAAUAGUAUUAUAUUAUCCCUCACGAUAUAGGUUUGGAAGCAGAUAAAUAUUUUUUAUCCAAAUCUGAUUUCAAGGAGGACCAAAUAGAGUACAUUCUAGAGGGAAUUUUACUGAUUUUAACCAAAGUAGUGGUUCCAAAGUAGUUUCUACCUGCAAAUGUUUUGCACGACGAUGGGCACCAAAUUCGCACCCAGUUAUGCCAAUCUAUUCAUGGCCUAUUGGGAAGAGAGAUUUGUUUUCCAUGGACAUUCCUGGGUGUCGAGUCUGGUGUCCUAUCGCUGGUACAUUAAUGAUAUAUUUUUAAUAUUAAAGGGUCCACUCACAGAUCUUGAGAUUUUCUUAGCCCUUUUGAACAACAGUAAUUGGGGCAUAGUUUUAACCUCUACUUUUAGCACUUCAGUCUCAAUUUUUUAUAUUUGACGAUUUUUAUUCAAGAUUCAAAUAUGAAGACCAAAAACUGUUUUAAGACCGUGGACGCAAAUGGCUAUAUUGAAAAAAGGAGUUGCCAUCAUAAACCUUGGCUUGAAAAUGUUCCAGAAGGUAAAUUUUUAAGAAUCAGACAAAACUGUACUGAUGACCAGGAUUACAUCAUACAGUCCAAUAGGUUUAAAGAACAAUUUUUGGAAAAAGGGUAUAAAGAAAAUAACGUGGACACACAGCUAGAGAUGCAGUAAAGAAAAUUCUGAGAAAGAAACUUCUAAAAAGAAAGAUAUGAACACAUGAAGAAUGAUGUCCCUUUCAUCUGUAAUUUAAAAAAUUUAUUUAUUUAUUUAUUUCAAGACAGAAUGAGAACAUACAACGUGUCCGUAACAUGAGUAUACUAUACAAAGACACACUUAAAUGUAGAAAAGUUAACAAUAGUACUAUACAUAUGAAUAAAAAAAAACUUUUUCGUAUAAAGCAUAUCAAUUGUAGCCCUUAAGGUCCUGUAGUACAUUGUGUCUUCAAGCCAAUCUUGGAGAAUUACCACAUUCAACAACCUGCCUUGGUUUUUAUUUUUGCAAGUAAAAUAGAAUCAUUUACAAUCUGUCUGACCAUAUAGUAAAAAGAUAGAGCACUUUUCGCUUGAGAGUUUAUACCCCUGUUAAGAACGUCAGAGGGUAGUAUACUAGCAUAUUUUGCUUGUUUUCACUCCAAGUGUUUCAUGAGGAAUUAUUCGCUGUGCAAGUGUACAUGGUGAACAAGAAAUAAGGAAAUGUAAGUGGACAGAAAAGAUAAAGAGAUUAGCGAAGAGGGGUAAGGUUGAAGGGUGGGGGGGAGUAUCAUCGGAUUCCGUUUGUGUCACCACUUGCGAGAGGUGGAUAGGUCUAUAUAUCGUGUCCGAUUCGGUCCCUAGGCCAUUUGGUUCCCAAGACUCUCCCUGUUCGAAGAUAGGUGCUAUGUGCCUCGCCCUUUCGAUACCACCCCACCCUCCCCCUUGUCACUGACUGUGCUAGCCAUCCAAGGGCUCCAGGUCUUUUCAAAUUUAGUCAUGGACCCUCUAACCUGUGCUGUUAACUUGUCCAUAAGGAAGGUAUCUUUAAUUUUUUGCAGUACCACAGGGAUCGUGGGUGUCUCCCUUUGUAACCAUACCUUUGCCAAUGCCAGCCUUGCGGCUAAGGUUAGUUUAUGUAAUAGGUUUUGUUCAGCUUUUGUCUAAUCUUCAAUCGAUCUGGCAAAGAGGAGCACCCAAGGGUCUAAUUUGACCUCUUUUUCAAAAAUGUCACCCAUUAACGUUGCAAUCCAUUUCCAAUAGGCCUGAGCCUCCUGGCAAUCCCACCACAUGUGGAUAUAGGUGCCCCGUAGUCCGCAGCCUCUCCAACACAAAUCUGUGGUAGGUUUAUUAAUUCGGAACAAUUUCACCGGCGUAGUAUACCGUCGAAAUAAGGUCUUAAAUGCAAAGAGACACAGGCUGCUGCCUCCGAAAUCUCCUGCCACUCUAUGCCUUCUAAUUCCUCGCCUAGGUCAGCCUCCCAUUGUUCUGUGUAUGUAAUCUGUCCCCAUUCUAGCAUUUGCGUACUCAAUUGGGAGUAUACGUAUGAGAUUAACCCGCUCGGGAAUUGUUCCCUAAGGCACAUUCCUUCAAAUUAUGUAAAUCGUGUGAGGGCCGCUUUCUUAACUUGCGGGUCUUGGGCGUAAUCCCUUAACUGUAAGUAUCGUAAAUAAUCAAAAGUUCUCAAUGGGGCCCUAGUUUUCAACUCCUCGAACGUCACCAAUGAGCCAUUUCAAUCUCUGCAGUCCCGCAUUCUCAAUACUUCUAAAGUCCCUUGCUAUCAUUCCCGGGGGGAACUCUCUGUUCCUUAGGAACGGGGUCAUCGGUGAGGGGGACGAUGCCAAGCUAUAUUUGGAAGCUGCCUCAUCCCAUAUUUUAAGGGAGUUUGAUAUUGCGGGGCAUGCAACCUGGUUAAUCGGUCUAUGUUCCUUAGGGAUCCACAUCAUGAACUGGGGUAAGUCUGUACCCAGGAGUGAGGACUCCAAAUCUACCCACCUUCUCUCCACGUGAUGUGCCAUAGUGCUACCUGUGCCAGCUGCACUGCUAUGUAAUAAUAAUAAAGAUUCGGGAGGCCUAAUCCCCCUCUGUUCUUUGCUCUAAAAUUUCAUCUGUAAUUUUAAUGGCAAGAACAAAGAAGUACGUUGAGCAGUUAGGAAGUACUGGAAUAUUUUACAGGAUUAUCCAAUCCUAAAUAAGAUUCUACCUCAACAACCUAAGUUUGUCUAUAGAGGCACUAAAAAUCUUACACAAUCUUUAGUACAUAGUUGCUGUGCACGUAAAAUACCCAACCAUUUCCUAAACCAAAACAUAGGUUAUCUUUUGAGUGGCUAAUAUGUAAUUUUUUUUAGGGCUUUAUUUAUCUAGUCCUCUGUGUUGUUUUGCUUAUUUUUGUUCUUAUUUGUGUUAGUUUCCUACCUGGCUUUAAUUUCUGUCAAAAAAUAUGCUCUUUUUGAUGUUUGCCGAUCUCCUAUGCAGCCAGGAGAUCGGGCUUAAGCAUUUCCUUAUGUUUAUCAUUGCUUAGCAACGUGACGUCAUGAUGCACGAUGGCGGCCAGACCCCAGGAGGACUCUGUAAAAAUAAUAAUAAUAGGAUUCUGUCAAAUAAUAUGGUCGUUUUGAUGAUUGCCAAUCUCCUAUGCAGCCAGGAGAUCGGCUUAAGCAUUUCCUUAUGUUUGUUUAUCAUUGCUUAGCAACGUGACGUCAUGACGGACAAUGGCGGCCAGACCCCAGGAGGACUCCAAUUUUUCACUUUGGGCAGAGGGGGUGGCUUUGGACUUAUCCACUGUCUAUUUUGUAUAUAAGUGUGUGAGUGUGUUGUAAGGGGGGAGGGACAUGAUGCAUUGACAAAGGGAUUACCCCAAAACGUUUGUUAUUUGUCCUCCCAAUAAAUGUCAGUAGCACCUUGUUUUGUGCACACAGCAACUACUUGCAGAGCCUCUAUUUUUUUCUAUUUGUUGAGUGGCUAAGAAGAUUCACCUUGAAGAUUGCCAGUGUAUACUACCUUUUACUCUAUCUGAGAGGGAGACAUGCCUGAAUUUCCAAACAUCCCCCUGUGUUGAUUAUACUGCACUAUAUUUGACCUAGUGAUUCCAUAAUAUUUUUAUACAGGUUGUAUAUAUUUUUAUAAUAUAUUCACUUGGUGAUUCCCAUAUGUAUUUUAUUUUCCCAUUUUGUCUCUUUCGUUUUUAUCAGUAACGCUGAGAGGGUCUGGAGGGCCAGAGGUGGAGAGACCUCUUUAACGCCAGAUUUGAAGUCAUCAGCCAGGAUUUCUGGCAUCGCAUUAACUCUCUGCUCUGCAAUAUCUACUCAUCCAUCUGCACAGAAGACCCAUGCUGCAGAAUUAACUUCCCUCUCUUUUUCUGGAGCUAUUUCCAAGCCACCGUCCAUACACUCAUAGAACCUGAGGGCACUUGGAAUUACUAAUAUAUACAAAUGAAUAACACACGUGUUCACCACAGUGGGAAAGGGUUAAAAAUAAAAUUUACCCUAAUACGGGAAUAGAUUGUAAAAAGAUCCCUUGUUCUCCUUUACAUACAUAUACAAAAAUACAAAAUACAAUCUAAAAAUGUAAAUAGAGAGAAAUAGCAGGUAAUGGUGUAGAAUCAAUGUCACCAAGCAAAGCGCUGAGUAGAAUUGCACUCACAAAAUAUUCUUUGACUGCAGGCACAUAAAAUAUUAAAGAUGGAAGGAGCUCAGUCCUCUUCUCUUUCUUCCUUAAAAGGGGUUUAAAACAGAGAGACACAAAACAUAGUGCACCAAUAAAAAUAAAAUGUAUGUAAUUUAUUUUAGAUUGCACUCACAGGAUAUCUGUAAAAUUCAGCUUAUCACAAUGAAGUCUCUGAACAGACUGUGAAGCUUUCAGAUGUUCCUUCCGGUCAGCAGACAAAAUAGGAUAGUCAAAAAAAUAUAUAAACGAACUUAACAAAAUAAACAAAUAAAAGUCCAAUAAAAAUUAUUGUGCUAAAGGGGUCUCUCCGCCCUACGCGUUUCGUUCUCUCGAACUUCGUCAGGGGAAGUUGUGUCAGAGUCCUAAUUCACCUUCCUCCAUCUUUUAAAUGGACUCUUGGCGCCUUUUUCGCCGUUCUGACGGCGCCAUGUGGAGUGGAAUCACCUGAGUCCGUGUGCGUUUCAAGCACAACACUUCCGCGUAUCACUAAGAAAAGAUACUUCCGGUAUCGUGUGGAACGCACCAUGCGUUCCAAAUAACGAACCGGAAGUUCCAAAGAAACUUUCAUUCAACCAUACAUAAUACGAAAUGAAUUGUAUAUAAAUAAAUAAAAAGAUGCAGAAAAAAAAACUGGAAAAGAUACUAUUGUGAGUAAAUGAGAUCACAUAAAAUACAUGUGUAAAUAAUAUAUGGAAAACCCAAACCUGUGGGUAUGAGGCUUAUAUAGUUUGUAUACAGGGGCUUAAAUACCAUCCAAAAGACUUAGAUACAAAAAUCUCAAGAGCAAAAAAGGGACCAGGGUGAAGGACUACUAAAUCCAAUGAAGGGAUUGAAAGGAGAUAACAAAAUAUAAAUAAAAAUGAUAAUACUGACAACUAUGAUGUUAUUAUUAAUAAUAAUAAAAAAAUAAAAAUAAAUGUGCAAAAAAAAUAAUAAAUAAAAAUGAAAAUAAUAAUAAUAAUAAUAAUAAUAAAUAUCGAAAAUUAAAUGACCUCCUUUCAACUCCCACAAUGCAAAAUAGUGUAAACGUGCAGAAGUGGCUACAGUGGGGUGGAAAAAGAGAACAGAACUUCUCGACUGUAGGGAGGGGUAUUGCAGAGCUGAGAAAAGGAAAAAAUCAUAAAAAACAUGCCAUGUCAAAAUCGACAUUUAGGCCUAUUGGAGAAGAGGUUUUAAGUGUAAAAAUCCAAUAGCCCACUCUCUGCCUUAGUUUCUUGAUCAAAUCUCCUCCUCUUUCGUCGAGGGUUACUUUCUCUUUACCAGUACAUAGAAAAGUUCUGAAAUCAAAUUAGGGCAAUUGUUACAAUGGACCGGAACUGAGUGUGUUUGUAAGUUUUUCCUUAUGUUGUUACAAUGCUCUAAAAACCUUACUUUUAAUGUUCUACCGGUCCUCCCUACGUACUGCAGGCCACAACCGCAUGUUAGUAAGUAGACCACGUUAGUACUAUUACAAUUAAUGUAAUCUUGGAUUUUAAAAUUCAACCCAGUCUUUCUACUUUUAAACUCGACUGUUUUUUUUUUUUGGUAGAAACAUAGAAACAUAGAAUGUGACGGCAGAUAAGAACCAUUCGGCCCAUCUAGUCUGCCCAAUCUACAGGCCUUACAUUUCCCGCAUUUAUAAAACCCUUUAAGGGUGAUAUCUUUCUUAAAUUUGGUUCUAAACAUGCUUGGAGCUAAAACAUUUUUAAGGUCUCUACUUUUUUUGAAAAUGAUUUUAGGGAACGAUGAAAUUUGAUUGCUCAAAUAUUCGUCUUCCAAUAAUAAAGGCCAAUAUUUUUUUAGAACUUUUUUAAUCUGUGGAGCAUGAGCAUUAUAUUGGGUGAUGAAAGGUGGAACUGAAAAAGCAUCAUCUUUGUUCUUACUUAUGGCUUUGUCUAUUAAAAAAUGGUCCCUAUUUAGCUCCUUACAUUUAUUAAUCUCCUGGUCUGAAAGAGAAUUGGCAUAGCCUUUUUCAAUGAACUUCUUUAGGAUCGCAGAUUGUUCUAAAAAACAAUCAGCAUCCGAACAAUUUCUCUUAAGUCUUGUAAACUGGCUACGGGGAACACCACGUAGCCAGUUGGGAUAAUGAGCACUCUUUGUGUGGAUGAAAGAGUUAGUCGGUCAGCUUAAAGAAUGUCUUAGUCUUAAUGAUAGAAUCGUCUAUAUAGAUUGUUAAGUCUAGAAAGUUAAUAAUGCAAGGAUCAAUUUCUGGGGUGAAACGUAAAGACUGGUCAUUGUUGUUGAUAAAAGUAAAAAAAUCUUUAAGUCUGUCAGUAGAACCCUACCAGAUGAUAAGGAUGUCGUCUGUAUCUCUGCCAGAGCACCAAGUCCGCGCCAAAAGGGUUAUUGUUCCAGACAUUAGCUGUCUCCCAGUUGUCCAUAAAGAUGUUGGCGUAACUUGGCACGAACUUAGUGCCCAUGGCGCUCCCCUGUACUUGUAAAUAGAAAGCCUUAUCAAAAAUGAAAAAAUUGUGCGUCAAAAUUAAUUCUAUACUCUCCAAAAGAAAUUGGCAAAAAAGGGGAGAAAUAUCCGAGUCAAAUUCCAGAACACGUCGUACCGCCCUAAGUCCUUUCUUGUGGUCUAUACAGGUGUAUAAUGAAGUGACAUCCAGAGUUGCCAACAUGUAGUCCUCUCUCCAUUCAAUGCAUUUGAGUUCCUGUAUCAGGCUUUUUGUGUCCCUAAGGUAAGAUCUCGCAUUUUGAGCAUAUCUCUGGAGAUAGAAGUCCACAAACUCGGACAAUCUGGAUUUCAAAGAGUCCACACCACUAAUGAUAGGGCGUCCUGCAGGUUGUGAGAUAGACUUGUGGACCUUUGGGAGAAAAUAAAAGGUAGGAAUCCUAGGGAAAUCUGCAAAUAAAAAGGAAAAGUUCUUAUCGUCAAGGAUACAUUGACUCUUUGAAUUCAUUAGAAAAUCUUUGGGUUUUCUGUUAUAUUCCCAAUUAGGAUUAUAAUCAAGUUUAAAAUACGUACUUGUAUCUCCCAAGAGUCGAUGGGAUUCAUUCAAAUAAAACUGCGUUGGCAUUACCACUAUCCCCCCUCCCUUGUCCGCAUUCUUGAUCACAAUGUCAUCCCUGCUCCUUAGCUUCUUAAGAAUAUCAUUUUCAUUUGCUGUGAGGUUAAAGUUUGUUAUUUUGGGAUUUACUUUCUCCAAGUCCUUAAUAACAAUUUUAGAGAAGGCCUCUAUGUGACUACCUUUAUCACUUGGGUAGAAAGUGGAUUUUGGUUUAAACGGGGUCUCAUUAAUUUUCAUCUCUGGUGGACUAAGGUGGGGCUUGAAAAAACAAAAGUUUAUAGGCGCUCUCUAUAAUACAACAAAUAAGUGAGGGCUACUGUAUACAGUACAAGGAUUCCCAAAACCUUGUGUAAUAGUGAAACAGAGAUAGAAUAUGGCGUAUACUGCGUCCAAAAUCAUACGUACAUACAACUGCAGAAGGAGGGGCUGUUAAAAACCUCAGGAUAAUAAAACAAAAAAACAAUAAUAGUGCAAUACAAUUUGACAAAGUGCAAGAUAUUAGCUUGGUAACUGUAGGAAAACCACUCACAUUUGAUAGAGCUAUGUAUGAGCUCUGCUGUAUAGCGUGUGGACGGUAUGAUCCGCGUCUAAGGAUAUAGGAUGAUAGAGAUGGUACUGAACCUCCAAAUGCGAGUGCAGAUAUUGAUGAUAAAUAUAAAAGUAGAAGAGAGAAAACUCUGAUAGUAUAGUAAGUACCCCCUUUUUCUUUCUUAGCAAAAAAUCUUUUAAGGGUUAAUGUCCGAAUAAAUUUGUUCACAUCUACAAAGAGAUUAAAGGGAUUAGACAGUGAGAUUCUUUAAAUUAUCCUUCUCAAAGUCUAUAAUGACUCCCAUUAAAAUUUUGGAGCAUUUCUCCAAUGCUGCAUCCCAUCCGUUUGGAAUGUUCUAAGCCAUUUGCUGGCAUUUUAUUAAGGCGUAAACCUCUAGGAAUUAAAUCCUCCUUUAUAUAUGAUUCCAGAAAGGAGAUUUCCCACCAUUUCUUUGUUUCUUUAGUGGCUAGUUUUUCCUUUUUUUUUUUUUUUUAUUCAAUGACUUUAUUUUGUUGUGCAUUUAGUAGAAUACAUUUUAACUUGUAUUGCCACGACAGCAAUGACAAGCCUGGUAAUACAAACAGUUGGUUCUGUACAUAGCAUGCGAUAAAUCUGCACAUUUUUAAAGUAGACAAUGAACAGGCUAAACAAACAUAGCUAGGUCAGGUUGCUAACAAGAGAUAGGUGCCUAUUGUAGAUCGACAUGCGAAGAUUAAACAUACCAUUGAUGAUCAAGCUUUUUAUGUUGCAAGGCAAGCUGGGUUAUACAGGCUAGGUUUAGCUUUGUAUGGGAUUGAGUAGUGGGCGUUUGUUGCAUUCAUUACUCAAGAAACAUAGACAGUGCACUUAUAGUAAUUUAAGAGGAGUGGACAACAUUGUGGAAGCAUAUUGCAUACACGCUACAGUGUAAGGAGUCGUACAUGUUAACCAUUAUACAGUGUAUUGCUUAGUAAAAAGAGUGACACGAAGGACUAACUUGAUAUGUUGGAUUACAGCUGUGUACAUUGAGCCAUUUAUACGUGGGAGAGCGGGUACAGGGCUUAAGUAGCUCUUGUGAUAGUUAAGUUCUGUGCGCCAGAUAGAGUAAAAUAAUAAUAAAAGAGGGGUGGUGCCCCCGAGCAUAAGGGGGCCUGAGGGAUAGGGCCCUACGUGAAGAUCCCUGACUGAGUCCUCUCAUGGAUCCCAGGGACCUUGGUCCAUGCACGUGCGGCCGGGAUGUAUGUAAAAAAAAAAAAAAAAAAGGUGAUAUAUAUAAAAAAUGGGUAAAUGAAUAAAAAAUGUGAGUAAAUAAUGUUGAGGGGGGGGGAAGGGGAGAGAAUUACGUGAGGAUAGCUGGCUGCUUGAGGUGGAAGCUAUCGCUGCUUAGAAGUGUGUCUCGUGCCUCCCCUCAUGCCUUUGUUCCCAGAUGAGACUUAGAGGUAGCGUAGAGCCUAUAAAUGGCAGUGCUCAGUGCAACGGUAACUAGCACCCGGGUGCGCCAACUUAUGCAGUGUCGCCCUAAGGCCAUAAGAGCAACUUCGGUGCAUGCAGUUAACAUAGGUCUUUAACAUUCGCAAAGCUCAGGUAUUCGUUGCAGCUUGUCUGCGUAAAAGUUAAAUCAUAUAAAGUUUGUGAUGAUUUCCAUAUGGUGAGAGGCAGUCGUUAUGCACGUAGGGGCAAGAAUUUAAAGUUAGCCCACCCAGAGGCGCUUUAUCUCGGCGUACGGCCACCAUCUAAAUGUUUAGCUUUGCGUGUGUGCGCCAGUGUGUGGAAUUAGUGUGUGCGCUAGUGUUUGGAACUGCAUUAGGAACUGUACUCGUCGUUUACUGUUAGCAUUCAUCUGAGUCUGUGGGCUGUUUAACCCUCAACUAUGCGACCCGUUAAUGUAGUAAUAUGCUAAUAAGAAAAGCUUAUGGUAGUGAAUUAAAAACAUAUAGUGUUAAGUCCUUGCUGCCUAGUCAGAUGCUCCACAAUCUAUAUUACCUUGCAUAUUUAUGGCUGAAAAGAGCAUAUAAACAAACACAUUACAUUAUGUACAUUAUAACCGCCUAACCUAUUAUAAUUCUGACUUGUGGAGUUAGAGAAUGCUUAUGAUUUGAGGGCAACUAGCAUUAGUGCAUAAGCUGAACUGAGUGACAGAGCGUUCCCUAAAUUCUUUAAGUACAUGGAUAUAUAUGCUAACUAACAAUAGAGUAGAUGCAAACAAAAAAAUGAAAAAUGUGAACUGUAAACUGCAGGGUGGCCAUGUUAGGCUACAUGGAUGUCUAAGGGGAGUCUCUCAUGGCACUGCUACCACACUGACCCCGGGCAGCCAGGCCUCCUUCCGUCCUCCCUAUGCCGAUCUCUGCUCACCGGUCAGGUCUCCCGUGGCACCGUGGGCACUCAGGAGCGUAAACUGUCCACCGGACCCCACCACAAAGUCCACUGGUUGUCCACUCCCUGCACCUCCCCAGCUCCACUUGAGUCCCUUGAAGUGUGCGUUCCAAUGUCUCACCCGGUGCCGGCCACACAUUUGGAGUCGAUGCCCAUCCCCCACGACCACCGGUCCGUCGGGAGGGUAGCGCGGUUCCACCCCACAGGGCUCACGGCUUCGGGGACAGGUCUCUCCGGGGACCCCACAAACCCAGAGGCUUGGGCGCCCACUCCCCAGCGGUCAGUGGCACAGCAUGGAAGAUCCGUCCAGUGUUCGGCCUUACCAAGGCCCGUGUGGGCCGCCCAUGCUAGACCCCUUUUGGUGCCUGGAGUGAGUCUUCGGGCGGGCUCGUUUCUUGUAGCCUUUACCCGUUCAGGUGGUCGGCUCGGGCCCCGCGCGGUUUCCUCCGCCCCGGAGGGUGCCGCUUCCAUGCGGCCGGGGGCGGGGGGGGGAGCGGAGCCGGGCCGUCAUCCGCAACUGUGUGGCCUCCAUGUAGGCCUUAUAGCUGGUAUACCUUUAUCUUUGGGCUGCUGGUCAGUGAUCUGUGCGUCUUCAGGGGUUGCCAUCGUCCAGGCUUAUGAUGGCGAGUAGGCCGCUUCGUUGUUUUCGGUGUUCCCGGCCCAAAUCCGGCCUCGGUGUGGCAUCCCCCUGAAGCUUGGGUGUUUCUCGUUAAGUAUAUGUCGUUUAUAUCUGGUUUGGGGUGGUCUGAGUGUGGAUUUAUUGCAGUUUUCCGGGCUCAGGCCAGGAGCUAUGGUGUUCUGCUGCCUUUCAGCUCGGCGGCCCGGCCCCGCCCCCAGUUUUUCCAACUUAUAAAAAUAAGUGUCUAAAUUUAGUUUUUGAGGUUGUCUGCCAUCAUUUUGUGAACUUAGUGGUUCCUUAAUAUUUUUAUACAGGUUGUAUAUAUUUUUAUAAUAUGUUCACUUUGGUGAUUCCCAUACGUGUUUUGUUUUCCCAUUUUGGCUCUUUAGUUUUUAUCAGUAACACCGAGAGGGCCUGGAGGGCCAGAGGUGGAGAGACCUCUUUAAUGCCAGAUUUGAAGCCAUCUGCCAGGAUUUCUGGCAUCGCAUUAACGGGCGCUCUGCAAUAUCUACUCAUCCAUCUGCACAGAAGACCCAUGCUGCAGAAUUAACUUCCCUCUCAUUUUCUGGAGCUGUUUCCAAGCCACCAUCCAUACACUCACAGAGCCUGAGGGCACUUGGAAUUGGAAGGUCUAUGGACUUGGGGCACUUCAAGGUCUGGGGCCAAUGUUACCGCGACCUUUGGCUCUGCAAUUUAAUAUACGACAGACAACAAGAAACCCAGCACAUCCUGAAUUAUCAGGCAAUGGAGAGAGGGGACAGCAAGCCUGGUAUGGGGUUGGACUUUCUAUUAUGGCCUAACUGCAGCAUAGGGUGAUUAAGCCAGAUGAUAGCUCUAUGUACCGAAGGCAUCAUCUCCGUUAAUAUAGUAGAUCUAUGCUUAUAUUUUAUGUCUUAUGCUAUUUGCAUUUUUUUCUCAUAUCUAAUACCCAGUGGUAUUCCUGCUAAUCAUAUUGUCAGUUAGCAUAGCCUGAAUUAUCUAUUGUCCUUUAUUAGAAAUAUACUUAUAAAGGUGGAGCGCUAAUGACUUCAGGAACACCCAGAAAAUCUUGAGGUUGUUCCAGCUCAGAAUCGCAUAGAAAAAUAAAGAGAGCAAAUCAUAGUGGAGUAUGAUUUUAACACAGAACAUUAUGCAAAUUUAUUAUGACAAAUUCUAGACAUAUAACACUCCUAUCUGUACUUAGAACUGAGUGAUAAUAGACAUAAAACAGUACAAAAAAGGUUAAAAUUGGCCUCUUACAAGAAUAUGGUAGUGAGCAUAUGCAGUACCAACUGCUACUCACAAAACGCUUAUGGUUCUCAAGGAACGCUCUGUAUAGGAUGUAGCCGGUAGAUGCAACAGGAAUCCUCCAUGGAUAGAUGUUAAAACCUUUGCAACCAGAGUCCGUGAUCCGAGCGUCCCAGUGCUGUUUGAGAUUCGCAGGUAUUCAAACUCCGCCCUCUAUGGUAAGCGUCACUUAUAGAAACAUAGAAACAUAGAAUGUGACGGCAGAUAAGAACCAUUCGGCCCAUCUAGUCUGCCCAAUUUUCUAAAUACUUUCAUUAGUCCCUAGUCUUAUCUUAUAGUUAGGAUAGCCUUAUGCCUGUCCCACGCAUGCUUAAACUCCUUUACUGUGUUAACCUCUACCACUUUAGCUGGAAGGCUAUUCCAUGCAUCCACUACCCUCUCAGUAAAGUAAUACUUCCUGAUAUUAUUUUUAAACCUUUUGUCCCUCUAAUUUAAGACUAUGUCCUCUUGUUGUGGUAGUUUUUCUUCUUUUAAAUAUAGUCUCCUCCUUUACUGUGUUGAUUCCCUUUAUGUAUUUAAAUGUUUCUAUCAUAUCCCCUGUCUCAUCUUUCCUCCAAGCUAUACAUGUUAAGAUCCUUUAACCUUUCCUGGUAAGUUUUAUCCCGCAAUCCAUGAACCAGUUUAGUAGCCCUUCUGAACCCUCUCUAAGGUAUCAAUAUCCUUCUGAAGAUACGGUCUCCAGUACUGUGUACAAUACUCCAAGUGAGGUCUGUACAAUGGCAUGAGCACUUCCCUCUUUCUACUGCUAAUACCUCUCCCUAUACAACCAAGCAUUCUGCUAGCAUUUCCUGCUGCUCUAUUACAUUCCGUAGUUGUCACCGCGUCUACGCGUAAAUGGCUUCAUCAGGACGUCAAGUGGUGAUGUCACCUCGUCGUGGGAAUUCCAUUUCAGAAGCAACUCGCUCACAAACUAUUGGGCGAGCGCGGCAGGCUCAAUUUGCAUAAUGCGAUUCACACAUAGGCAGUCUACAUAAGUCCAUACUUAUAACCAAAGGGUACAUAAAAAACCACUACUCAUAUGUCACAUCUUAAAAUUAGUAAAAACAAUACAGAAACUUUUUACAUGAAUCCAUAAAACAACAUAGAAAAAUAUAUAAAAUGGGAAUAAAUCGAAUACACAGUAGAGCUGCUACACACCUGUGUGAACCCAAACACACAAACAAAAAAAUACAGAAAUAUACUUAUACUACGGAAGUGAGGCUUACCAUAGAGGGCGGAGUUUGAAUACCUGCGAAUCUCAAACAGCACUGGGACGCUCGGAUCACGGACUCUGGUUGCAAAGGUUUUAACAUCUAUCCAUGGAGGAUUCCUAUUGCAUCUACCGGCUGCAUCCUAUACAGAGCGUUCCUUGAGAACCAUAAGCGUUUUGUGAGUAGCAGUUGGUACUGCAUAUGCUCACUACCAUAUUCUAUGAUUUGCUUUCUUUAUUUUUCUAUAUGAUUCUGAGCUUGAACAACUUCAAGAUUUUCUGGGUGUUCCUGAAGUCAUUAGCGCUCCACCUUUAUAAGUAUAUUUCUGUAUUUUUUUGUUUGUGUGUUUGGGUUCACACAGGUGUGUAGCAGCUCUACUGUGUAUUUGAUUCUAUUGUAAAAGUCUUGUUUAAAUACUUUUUCCAAGUGGUGGGAUAGGAGUUUUUGCUACAUUUUUUCCCCCCAUCAACUUCUUAUAGCUUUUAUAUUUAUAAAUUUCUUUUUCUAAUGUCCUUUAUUAACUCAUUGCUGACGUAUUCAUUAUCUUGUUUACUAGCCUGAUUUUAUUUUCUUAAAAAUUGUGCAGAUACAGCGAAUGUCAUGUUAAUGUUUUCUCAUGCCUGUUAUUUUGAAUGCUUACUAAUGCUGUUUUUACAUUGUAAGCUUGACUGUAUUUAAGUGCACAGCAAAAAAAAAAAAAAAAGAAGGAAGGAAGGCUUAGAGUAAAACUGUUCCUCUUUUUUGCUUUAGUCUAACUUUGUUGCCCUAACAACUGAGCAGAAUUUGAAAAAGUGGAACUUGAAACUGAAACGAAUCUUCCUCUUGAAUAUAUUGAAUAUAAAGGAACACACUGAUUUAGAAAAUUAACAAUUUUUGCAGUGUUGCAGGGUGCAUUAUCCUGCUGAAAGAAACCACUGCCAUCAGGAAACACGAUUGCCAUGAAGUGGUGCACAUGGUCCGCAACAAUCUCUAGGUAGGUCGUAUGUGUCAAGGUAACAUCCUUGUGAAUGCCAGGACCAAAGGUUUCCCUGCAGAACAUUGCCCAGAGCAUAACACUGCCUAUUAUGGACAAUGGCGUCACUAGGGGGCGGGGCCGUAGGGGCCCAUGCCCCACCCUACAUUAUGUUGUGCCCACCCCAAUUCAAACAUGGUACUGACCUAUGUGAGAAGAGGCGCAUCGCGGUGGAAAGCUCCGCCCCUUGUGAUAAGCCACACCCACUUUUAAGCUCUACCCCCUGCCCGAUGAACCUCAGAGCUCCUUGAAGGCUGGCUGGGCUGGAAGGUGAGCAGACACAGGGGAGAGGGGCUACAUAAGGGCACAAGAGGGGUUGGGGGUAAAGAGGGCACAGGAGGGGAGGGGGCUACAUAAGAGCAGAGGAGGGGAGGGGGUUACAUAAGGGCACAGGAGGGAUGAGGGGCUAAAGAGAGCACAGGAGGGAUGGGGACUAAAGAGGGCACAGGAUGGGGAGCACAAAUAGAUACACAGGUGCUGGGGAAAGGCACACAUAUGGGCUGGGGGACACAAAGAUACGCAGAGGGGGAACAAAGACACACUCAGAGGGGCUAAGGGUAAACAAAGACACACAGGAGGACACGGGGGGAACAGACAUACAGAGGGGCUGUGGGCACAAAAAGACACACAGAAGGGCUGGUGGGACAUAGAGGAACCUAAACCACACCCCACUUUUAAGCUCCACCCCCUGCCUGACGAACCUCAGAGCUCCUUGAAGGCUGGCUGGGCUGGAAGGUGAGCAGACACAGGGGAGAGGGGCUACAUAAGGGCACAAGAGGGGUUGGGGGUAAAGAAGGCACAGGAGGGGACUACAUAAAAGCACAGGAGAGGAGGGGAGGGGGUUACAUAAAGGGCACAGGAGGGAUGAGGGGCUAAAGAGAGCACAGGAGGGGAUGGGGACUAAAGAGGGCAUAGGAUGGGGAGCACAAAUAGAUACACAGAGGUGCUGGGGAAAGGCACACAUAUGGGCUGGGGGACACAAAGACACGCAGAGGGGGACAAAGACACACUCAGAGAAGCUUACUGUAGACAAAGACACACAGAGGGGUUGGGGGGGGCACAGACAUACAGAGGGGCUGUGGGCACAAAAAGAUACACAGAAGGGCUGGUGGGACAUAGAGGAACCUAGAAGCACUGGGGGGGGACAAAGAGACACACAGAGGGGCUGGGGAAGAGGAAAAAGAGACACACAAAGGGAGUAGGGGUGGAAACACACCUGCUGGCAGAAGAAAGAGGCCUGCUAGCCACAGCUGCAAGCCUGUAUGCUAACCAGCCACAGCAGUCUGCCAGCUGUCCACAUCAGCCAGCCUGGAUCGGCCAUGGCGAGACACAUGAUCUGCAGCUCUGCUCCCAGCAGAGAGAGCUGCAGACUGAACAUCAUGGCCACUGGACCACUAGGGAAUGGAUUUCUUUAAAAAAAAAUUAUUUUAGUGUGGGGAGGCUGCUCACUGAAUCUCUGACUUGUGUCACUCUUCUCCCACUUGUCAUUCCACACAAUAUCACACAUAUUCACUGUUACCCCCCACACACAAAUACACUGUCAUCCCCCUCACUCACUGUCACCCACACACAUACACUGUCAGCCCCCCACACACAUUGUCACCACUUACACACACGCUGUCACCCCCUAAACACACAUUGUCACUCCUUACUCACACAAUGUUACCUCUACACACACAGUCUUCCCCCUAAACACACACUGUUACACCCCCACAUACAGUCACCCCCCCUACACACACUCUGUCACCCAUACACACACGUUGUCACCACUUACACACACAUUUCACUGCCCCCACACACACAUACACUGCCCCACACACACAUACACUGCCAUCCAUACACACAUUGCCCCAUACACACAUACACUGCCCCCAUACACACACUGCCUCCACACACAUUGCCCCACACACACACUGCCCCCAUACACACACACUGCCCCACACACACCAUACACAUUCACACACUGCCCCCCAUACACACAUUGCCCCCCACACAUACACUGCCCCACACACAUACACUGCCCACCCAUACACACACUGCCCCACUCACAUACACACAGCCCCCCUUACACACAUUGCCUUACAGACACAUGCACAGCCCCCAUACACACAUUGCCCCACACACACAUACUCAGCCCCCAUACACACAUUGCCCCACACACACACACUGCCCUCCAAUACACACAUUGCCCCACACACCCUACACAUUCACACACUACACCCCCAACACUGAACUCCUCACACAUUGCACUACUCACACACAUCACUGCUCCUAUGCCCUACUACAGCACCAUAUCCCAGCAGACCCCAGGUAAGUUGUCAAACUGUUCUUAAACGGUUUGACUAUUUACUCUGGGAGGGGUAAGCUGUAGUGGUUAUUGUGCAGAGCUGUAGUGGUUAUUGUGCAUGUAUUAUUUCUUUAAAUAAUGUACAAGUGCCCCUCCCGAGAUCAGGCUCUGGAUGCGCCACUGUCUCAAAUACCUCCACUAUUCAAGAUGGUGGCUGCCUUUCCUCAAUGUGUGUGGGCCCUUGGCCUGUCUCAGCAGCCCCCAUGCAGUCAUUCGCACAGGCAGAUAGUGGAGUCCUCUUCUCCGACCAGGGAUGGCUUGAGGCAGAUGCAAACAACUCCACUUAGUAAUUUUCAAUCGCUUCUGGGCAGCCUUGGAAGUGCGUAUGCCAACAACAUCGUGUCUACCUUUGGCAAGGGACCGGAGGAGAAAGCUAUGGGGAUCGAAGUACCCACGCCGGACAUCACAUGUGAAAAAACACUUGUACUUACUGUUGUUUGCCCACCUGGGUUGAAAGCUACUAGGGUGUUGGCCCCAUUGCAACAUCCACACAAUCAUUAAAGGGACACUAUAGUCACCUGAACAACUACAGUUUAUUGAAUUUGUUCUGAUGAGUAGAAUCAUUACCUUCAGGCUUUUUGCUGUAAACACUGUCUUUUCAGAGAAAAUGCAGUGUUUACAUUACAGCCUAGUGAUAUCUUCCCUGGCCACUCCUCAGAUAGCUGUUAGAGAUCCUUCCUGGGUGUAAUGGCUGCCUAAAAUGCAUCCAAACAUUCGGUGUAUCCUCCCUCUGCAUGCAGACACUGAACUUUCAUCAUAGAGAUGCAUUGAUUCAAUUCAUCUCUAUGAGGAGAUGCUAAUUGGCCAGGGCUGUGUUUGAAUCAUGCUGGCUCUGCCCCUGAUCUGCCUCUUUGUCAGUCUCAGACAAUCUCAGACAAUACUAUGGGGAAGCAUUGUGAUUGGAUCAGGCUACCACUCCUGCUGAUGUCAGCAGGCAGUAGGCAUGUCAAAAGGAAAGUGUCAAAGCCAGCAGCUUCAGUCUUGAAUACAAGUAAGAUUUGCUAUAUUUAGGGAGGCAUGAGGGACCAAGGUGGCUAGAUGGUGGUUUUAACACUAUAGGGUCGGGAAUACAUGUUUGUGUUCCUGACCAUAUAGUGCUCAUUUAAGUAUACAAAAAAAAAAUCUUCGAUUACUACUACUACUUUUUACUUAUUACUACUUUUGCACAAUAUAUAAGUUUUCACUUUUAAAACUUUAUUCAACACCUUUAACUUGUGUUAACAUUUUUUUUUUUUUAAUAGGAUGCUCUAUUUAAAAAAAAUCACAUUGCAAAAUGGUUGGUCCCAUUACAGGCAUCCUAAUCAGUACAGAUAGCUGUUGUGGAUAUGAAGUUCAUAGUAUCCCUUUAAAUAUAACAGAGAAGUAAACACAUUAUGACUGUUUAUAGUUCUGUAGCUAUUGUUGACAUCUGAUCAUCAGCCACCGCUACAACCCAGCUCGGCUAUGUGAUUCCUAUUUUUAAGGAAAGCUCAGAAGUGACAGUUCCACUUUCAGGUUGCUGAAGUAAGUACUUUAUGUGUGAAGAGUGUUUCCUCUUUUUCAUUUUACAAAAAGUGCAGAUUUUAAUAGAAAUUGACACGUUUAUAAAUUAACUUUGUUACACUCCAUGGCUUUCAAACGACAAACGGUCCUGUUACUUCCUGGUUUGUUUAGAUCAUUGGAGCUAAACUCAAGAGACAGCAAUUGCUCAGAGCACCUGCCUUGCAAAGACUUCUCAUUGAGCUGCAUUGUGAAGUCUUUAAAUGGACAGCCACAGAAAGUUUGUGCUGAGGGCUUAUAAAGGCUAGAGACAGCAGAUCAGCAGCUGUUGCAAGCAGUUUUUAAAUAUAUGAAACAUGCAUGACUAAAUGCAUGCAUGUUUUCAAUGAGGGCAUAUAUACUAAACAAUUUUUUUUAUUUGGCAGUUGGGUGUCACUUAUAAUAAUGUAAAGCUAUUUUCAUUUAUUUAUGUAUAAGUUGAUAGCAGCUGUUGAUAAUUUCUGGAAAGAUCUCUUUACUUGUUUUAGAGUCUAGUUUAGAACAGUAUUAACAAAAAGAAAAAAGGAUACAGAGGCGCUAAGAACAAUAAACACUGGUGCAGCUAAAAUUACCCAAGUGUAGUGUCACCAAAUACACUUAAAAAAGUGAUAAGAUAAAAGGAAAAGGUGAUUAGCGCACACAAAAUAUAAAAGAUAUUACCUUAUACAAAAUAAUACCUCAGGUAAUUUUACAUUAGUUAGUUCUUGUAACCUAUACAUAGGUAAAUAAAACAUACAUAGUGUAACCUGUUUCCAUAAAAUACCAACGGUUGGCGUGACACUUCCGGCCAUGACCAUAUAUGGAAGUGGGUGGGAUUUUCUUGCACAUAUGUUGUCAUUUGUUAAUUUUGCUAAUUGCUAUUCUCUGAUAUAUAAGACCUUUUUACUUCACUGUGAAACUAGGUGCACUUGAGAAAGACCUAUGUAAGGUUGAAACGCGUUGUGCUUUUAUUGCUCAAAUUAUUUGUAUAUAUAUAAAUUUUUUAUUUUUUAUUUUGUUAUAAUAAAAAUACCUCCUUAUCUACUUUGGAGUUUGCUGCCAAUUCAUCAGUUCCAGGUUCCUGUGGACACACCUGAUGUACCAGCACUAUAUGUCUCAAGGAAGAGACGAUAAGCGCUACAAGUUUAGAGCCAACUUUUAAAAGGCUCUGGAAAUUGUGAGUGUGUGAAAGAAAGUUAUUCCUCACUUUGAUAUUUUAUGGAAACAGGUUACACUAUGUAUGUUUUAUUUACCUAUGUAUAGGUUACAAGAACUACCUACUGUAAAAUUACCUGAGGUAUUAUUUUACGUAAGGUAAUAUCUUUUAUAUUUUGUGUGCGCUAAUCACCUUUUCCUUUUAUCUCUAGUUUAGAACAGUUGGAAAUAUUAACACAAAUAUUUAUUCAUAAUCUAAGUACAGCCUGGGAAAUAUUGUGGGAAAUAUUAUGUUGUAUAUUAUUGUUACAUCACAGCACUAUUGACCAUAGAUUCCUUUACAGUAUUGAGAUGGCGAGCCCUUCCACGUGGUUCCUUAUUCUGUCCAUGGUCAUUACGUGCCACUGCGUUCCCUUGUGGUAUGACCGAAAAGGGGUGCUGGCAGACGAAGAUAGUCAGAGAACUGGAGGCAAUAUUAUUCUUGAAACAAGAGAGCUGGAGGCCAACAGAAAUUUAAUGAAAAUAAAAGCAGUAGAAAUGAGUGAAGCAAAACGUACUGAAGUAUUCCCUCCCAGCAUGCACUUCUUCAAGGCUCGGUACCUCAUCCAACAGAGCAAAGUUUUCAAAAUCUUACGAGAGAUGCCUAAAGGUAAGACAUAUAAAUAUUGUUUAUAAUACUUGAAGUGUGUUGCUUAACCCCUUAAGGAGACAUGACAUGUGUGACAUGUCAUGAUUCCCUUUUAUUCCAGAAGUUUGGUCCUUAAGGGGUUAAAGAUUAAGGUCAAAGAAAUUCAAGCCAGAUUAGCCAGGUUGAACAUUUCCAAUAUUUUGUAGGGGGUUUAAGGUUUUUUGGCAAAGUUUUAUUUUUUAUUUUUCCAACCACUAACAGAGUUGUUAAUUAAUAUUUUGAGGAUUUGAAGAUGAGGAUUUGGGGAAGGCAGAUGUGGUUCCUAUAUAAAAAAAGAGUUCAAAAUCCUUGCCUGUAAAUUAUAGACCUGUGAGCUUAACUUCUGUGGCUGGGAAAAUAUUUGAAAGGUUAUUAAGGAAUAAUAUUCAGGAAUUCCUUGAGAAGAACAUGGUUAUCAGCAAAAAUCAGCACGGUUUUAUGAAGCACGGGUGUAAAACUAACUUGAUUGUGUUCUACGAAGAAGUAAGUAGAAGUAUUGAUCAGAGUGUUGAAGUGGAUGUGAUCUAUUUGGAUUUUGCCAAGGCAUUUGAUACAGUUCCACACAAUAGAUUAGUGUUCAAACUCAAAGAUAUCGGUCUAGAUGAAAAUGCUUGUUCUUUGGUAGAACAUUGGCUUAAAAAUAGAGUACAAAGAGUUGUCAUUAAUGGUAGAUUUUCAAGCUGGACAGAGGUGGCAACUGGUGUCCCUCAUGAUUCUGUUCUGGGACCCCUUCUAUUUAACAUGUUUAUAAAUGGUCUUGAAAAAAGCAAAGAAAGUCAUGUUUCACUGUUUGCAGAUGACACCAAACUCUGUAAAGUAAUACAAUGUGAGCAAGAAAUUACUUUGCUGCAGAGGGAUUUAGGUAGACUGGGGGAAUGGGCACUCAAAUGGCAGAUGAAAUUUAAUGUUGAAAAAUGCAAAGUUAUGCACUUCGGCGUAAAGAAUGCACAAGCAACGUAUACCCUUAAUGGAAGCGAAUUAGGGAUAACAACACAUGAAAAGGACUUGGGAAUUGUUAUAGACAACAAACUAUGCAACAAUGUGCAAUGUCAAUCAGCAGUGGCCAAGGCCAGUAAGGUAUUGUCAUGCAUGAAAAAGGGCAUUCAUUUUCAGGAUAAGAAUAUAAUUUUGCCUUCUUAUAAAUCACUGGUAAGACCACAUAUUGAAUAUGCUGUGCAAUUUUGGGCACCUGUUCUAAAGAAGGAUAUUAUGGCACUAGAAAAAGUGCAGAGGCGGGCUACAAAAUUAAUAAAAGUAAUGGAACAUAUCAGCUAAGAAGAAAGGUUAACAAAUGUAAACCUCUUUAGUUUAAAAAAACAUCACCUGAGAGGGGAUAUGAUAACAUUAUACAAAUAUAUUCGGGGCCAAUACAAACCAUUGUGUGGAAAUCUAUUCCCAAACCGGACUUUACCUAGGACCCAAGGUCAUGCGUUUAGACUGGAAGAAAAUAGAUUUCGUCUAAGGCAAAGGAAAGGUUUUUUUUACUGUAAGAACAAUAAGGAUGUGGAAUUCUCUGCCUGAAGAAGUGGUUUUAUCAUAGUCCAUACAGAUGUUCAAAUGGCUACUAGAUGCAUACUUGCAAAAACAAAAUAUUCAAGGAUAUAAUUUUUCAAUGUAAUAACUGCUUGAUCCAAGGAUAAAUCUGACUGCCAUUCUGCGGUCAAAAAGUAAUUUUUUUCCUAGCUUGUUGCAAAAUUGGAAGUGCUUCAAACUGUUUUUUUUUUUUUGCCUUCUUUUGGAUCAACAGCAAAAAACAAAUGUGAGAAAGGCUGAACUUGAUGGACGCAGGUCUCUUUUCAGCAAUGUAACUAUGUAACACGAAUAGUUUAUUUUUUUUUAAAUUCAUUGUUUUGUUCUCAAAACACAAGGACUUGUUUCUAUGCUUGUCUGUAAAAAGCUGCCAUUAAGAAUACAACAUAUUCAUAUCUAGUAAAUGUUGGCAUAUAUAAUAUAUAACCCCCCAGGGAUGUAGACAAUUGUCCAAUGUUCUCAUUAAGUACCCCGCUACAUAUUAUAUAUUAUUUGAUAAAGAACAGAAAUAGCUCCUUUUAAUAUCCUAUAUGAAUGAAUAACAUUGUAAAAAUGGUAAAAAAAAAUGUAAAAAAAAAAGAAAAAUUAUUCAAAAUAAAUUUUCAUAUAAGUCCUGAUUGUAAAAUGCCUCCAAUGUCUUGGAUUUCAAUACAUUUUUGGUAAUUUACUUUAACCCUAUACCAAUUCCCCAACCCUAUACCAACCUUACUUAGAGCCGUAUUUUUACACUAACUCCACACCUAGUCAUACCUUACCCAUAAGCCUAACCCUACACUAUUUAACUGAGUAUUAACCCUUACCUUACAAAAAUACUAAUCCUCCACUAUCACACACCCUAACCCAAAUAUUAACCCUAACUUAUAGGGAUUCAAUCUGUUGACGUUAGUACUGAUAUCAGCAGAGGUAUUCCCUAGCUUACAGAACUAAUCGGAUUGUCAUUUUGGAGCAAUUGCUUUAUAUCAGGCAUGUGCAUGGGCAAAAAAUUUGGUUCGGUUUGGCACUUCCAAAAUUCGGGACUUUGGCAAUUAGGGAAUUUGGCACUUUGGGAAUUCCCUAACCCUUACCCCUACCCCUAAACUAACCCUUACCCUACCCCUAAACUAACCCUACCCCAUAAACUAGUAGGGUUAGGGGUUAGGUGUGGGGUAGGGUUAGGUUAGGGUUAAGGGUAGGGUUAGAUUCCUGUCAUUAUUCCGUUAAUUUUCCUUCCCUCUCUUGUUUUGCCACUUUUUUAGAAAUCCGAAGCACUUCGCACUUCCGAAAUUCAGCACUUUUGUAAUUCGGUUUGGCAAUUCAGGACUUCGGUUCGGUUUGGAAAUUCGGCAAUUCGGACAUUCGGAAGCACCCAAAUGUCCAAAUUGCCAAAAUUCGUCCGAAUUUAAAUUCGGACCGAAACGAAUUGCACAUGUCUACUUUAUAUUGAAUUGUUCACCUUUUUUUGGAUCACCAGAAGGAACCAUGUGUGAAAGUUAGAACUUGCAUGGACUUUAGUCUAUUUUCUAUCUAGAUUACUCUGUAACUUUGAAAACAUCUCACGGACUCUGAAAAUAUUUAGUCUUUAUUUUUUAUAUUUAUUAAAUGCAAUUGAAUGUAAUAAAAUAUCUUUUUUUUUUUUUUUUUUUACAUGAACAUACAUUCAACUCUAUUAUAAUUGCUUUCACCUGCAGGGGCUGUUUUACAUAUACAUGACUUUGGAGUCCUGAGUGUGGAUUGGCUGGUGAAGAAUGCCUCCUACCUCCCUAACUGUUACAUCUGCUUUACUGAUGCCAGUGGAGUAAGGUUUCGGUUCUCUAAGUCAGCUCCUUUGGGACCUUUGCCCCUUGGCUGUUCAGAUUGGGUGCUUCUUGAAACCUACAGGAAGAAGGUAGAAGAUGUUGUAGAAUUUGAUAACAGGUGAGUGUUAUACAGUAUGAUUUUAUGGACACCCGUACUAAUCAUGCUUUAUCAAGGGCAGCAGUGAUUUGUUAUAUAUUUUCCACUUGGUUCCCCAUUUAAAGAGCUCAUCACCCUUCUAGUGUUGGGAAUAUUUGGCUACAUCAUGUCAUAUAUGGCAAACCUUGCUGCAGAAGUUGUUAUAGAGAAACCAUAUAAUAACAGCUGCCUUAGAAUACAAUUACACUGUUUACUUUGACUGUACAUGCACGUAGAUGUGCAUUGGCAUACCAAUAGAUCAAUUACAUAGAAGCAGGUCUUACACUGUUUCUGUGCUUUAUCAGUUCAUUGAGGAGAAGCCCUAAUAUUGUUGGCUGGUUUUUUUAUAAUUAUAAAACAUAAUAUAAAAACUGCAGAGAGGAAUUGGUUCAAAAUUAUAAUAUAUAUUAAAAAAUCAGUAAGUAAUAACUUAAUAAUAAUAACUGAUAGGAGCUCAACCCAUAUGCCAUCACUACCAUGCCCCUCUGUAGACGAUCUGACUCUGGACUGUCUGGCUGUGCAUCAUUUAUGGACAGAAAACAAUAACGUAAUAACAUGCAUCAUACCCGCUUUUGCACAGGAUCGUCAUUGUUUUUCUUGGUCUUUCACAGACAUCAGUUGACUGCACGUAGGGAAGAGCUAUAAAUUCACAGCCCUCCCAUAUCUCAGUGUCCAAUUGUGGUUAUUUCAGAGGAGUCUCACUAUUGCUGCUGAAGUUGCUUUGUUCAAUAGUGCUGUUGUCUGUUCUCCUGACCAAGCCUAGCUCUUGACAUCAUUUGCUUUGUGCUUGACCUUGGUUCUGUUACAUCAUUCUGUCUCUCUGGUAUUCUGACUUUGGCCUGUACCCAUUAUUCUGGUUUAACCUCCUUGGAGGAACUAUUAUCUUUAAACACAGCCAUUCUAAGGACUGGUGAUACAAUCCCUGUCUCUCCUUCCCUUUGCCUUUUGGAUUCCAACCCUCUAGUUCUCUAUAGUUCUCUAGUUACUCUGAGAAUAAAAUAGCAAAUGUAGAAAAACCACUGUCUGAACAAUAUGCAAUUCAAAUUAAAAAACAUUUUUUUCCAGCCAGUACUAAGCUACUGUAGAAAUUAUACUAGAAACAGAACUAACUACGACUUUCUACUACAUAUAAAAACAAGUCAAAGAAAACCGUUUUAUACACAAUAACUUAAGUAAACUGUAUGAUUAUAGUGCUUAAAGUGUUUCUUUAUUCAAAAGUAUUUUAAUGUACUUAAAUCAGCCACUCAAUUUCAUAAAUAAUAAAUAUUCCCUUAAUAGAAGCAGUAAUUGGUAAACUACUAAAAUUAAGAACAGAAAGCUUGGAUUUUAGAAACAACCUGCUCUUUGUCUUAGUUAUAUCCAGUGUAAAGAAAUGUUCCUCAUCAAUCUGCAUUCACAAUUUGCUUUUAAAAGUUCUUUCGGCCAUCAAAAUCACAAGCAGUGAUUUAACACUUACUGACCAUGGCUUGACAAAGUCCCAAGUUGGUGUCGAUAUGUUGCCUCUCUUGUUUGAGACCUGAAUAUGCUUCACUAAGAAAUUAUUAUUAUUUUAUUAUUUAUAUAGUGCCAGAAAAUUCCGUAGCACUGUACAAUGGGAUGACUGCAGAGUGCUAAGAGAUUUUUUUACUUUGAAUUCAGUCGAGACUUUGAAACAGAGGACCCCACACGUAAACACCUAACUCUUAAAUCACAGUAUUUUAGGAGGAAGUCCCUGCCACAACAAUUUGGGUAUAUACUCAAGCUGUUAAGUGCCCCAUUUGGUGUAUAUUUUUUACAAAAGAAACAUUGUUGGAAGAAGAACAGAUGUAAAUUUUAAUCUAUUCACAGCUUGAUCACUUUGUACAUAUGUACUUGUAUUUCAGCCUCAUCCACAACUUAACACUACUCACGGAUACACCAGAGCUGACAUACCCAACACAGGAUAUAAUCUGGCGCCGGUUUGAGGAGGCAUUUAUAUCAGCCUCUGGCCUAAUCUGCUAUGCUCCUGUGUUCAAGGCGUAUACAUAUGAAGGUCUCCGUGAGCUGUAUGACGAUAACAUCCAAUAUAUAGAGAUGAGAGCCAUGCUUCCCCCGGUCAGUUUCUGUCUGUAGGUAUCUUUGUCUUUUAUUAUUUCUAGUAGUUACAAUUCUUGACUAACUUGAAAGAAUCCCCACAGAUUUAUGAGCUUGAUGGGACUAUCCACGACCGUUCCUGGAUGCUGACCAUUUACAGAGAUGUGACUAAGCAGUUUAUGGAAGCUCAUCCAGACUUCCAAGGUUUGAAAAUCAUCUUCACUGUCCACAGGUAAAAUGUGGCUUUGUCUGCAUAUAUAGUCCUAGUUCAUACAAUAGCUUUGUACUUCUAUUAAGUGAUACAAAUAUUUUACCACCACUCAUAGAAUCACAAAUGAAAAUUCUGUUUUUAACUUCUAGUGUGGUGGAAUGUUUUUUGCAACCUUCCCAGAGACCUAUACCCAGAGACCUAUAAUUGCACUCACAAUAUGUAGACAAUAUGUAGACUUAGGGAUGCCUCCCCUGAUGGCUUGGGGGGCUUUUUUUUAUUGAACUUUAAUUUUUUUUUUGCACAUUUUAUUCAAGUGAGGUCACUGAGGAAGUGUUUAGUGCCUUCUUGUUAAUGUGGAUUUUUGUAGCACUGAUAACAAUAUGGGAGUCUUUACAUUUCUAGGCAUGAGAAUGUUUCUCGUGUGAAGGAUGCUGUGCUUGUUGCCAUCAAUCUGAUGAAGGAAUUCCCCGAUAUCAUGAUCGGCUUUGAUUUGGUAAGUGUUUCUUACUGUUGACCAAUAAAACGCUGGCCAGGAAGAGGAAACUACAUGUAUAUUUACACUGUACUUUUCAUACUUUAAAACACACAAGUCACCUAUCUGUCUCAUUCUUGCAUGAAGACACAAACAAUGUAACACAAAUCUAUGGUAUUCUGGAAGGAUUGUCACCUUCAGAGAAAUGUGUAUUCAUGUUAUAUGUAAAACUAACUGCAGCCAAAAAUAAAGGCAGCAAGGAAGAUCAGGUCUUCAUACACUAGUGCUGACUGCAGCAUCCCUGGUACCCUCGAAUGCUUAAGACAAUAGCAAGCAGUGAUACAUUCCAAAACACCAGCCUUGAGAAAAACUCCUCGAUGAUUGAAAUGUUGCCCUGUUCAUACUAUACUUCAAUAAGAAUUUCAAAUUUUGAGGUAAAAUGGUCACAUUAAAUACAGUGCUGACAAUUUUUUCCACAUUGGCAAUUUUGGCUUAAAAUGUGAAAUUCACUUUGAAUUUCCAACAAUUCACAGUUUACACUAUACCUGUUUUGGCCAAUGCCAACCAGGCUAAUGGGUUCGAUUAAUGUCUCUCCCAUUAGCAGAGAAUUCAUCCUAUCUCUGAUUUGAAAAUGGUUUUAUUUUUCCAGGUUGGUCAGGAGGAUGCUGGGAAUUCUCUGUACCAGUUACGAGAUGCUCUCAACCUACCAAGUUUGAUGGGAGUCAAACUUCCAUACUUCUUCCAUGCUGGAGAAACCAGUAAGAAAAUUGCUAAACGUAUUAUGAUUUUAAGUAUGCAAAUAUUAGUCUGUCCCUCAAUUGUUAUUCUUUUCAGUUCAAAGGGCACUAAUAACUUUAUAUAAAUGGCCUUCGUGCAAAUAUCACUAUGAGCCAUGCUCACAUGUAUAUGUAAAUUUUUCAGCAGUAAGGAGUCAUGUGAAUUACAGAUUAAUGGUAACGAGAAAUGCAACAUAUCGCAGAACAAAUUUAAAGUGGAGCUGACAUUGCUGCUGGGGGUCCUUGGCCCCCAUGGCAGGUAAAGGUGCCGACGUACAGUAUUGAUGUCUAUGUAGAAUCCCACUGGUGACGGCUGGUGUGAUUGUCACUUGUAGUUGGUGACAGCUGUGCCCAGUGUCUAGAAGUGUCAGGUGUAGGAAAAAUACCAAGACAAAGUAGUUUUAGAAGAGGAGUUCAAAUGAGUAACCACAAAUGGAUCAAUGUGAAUAAAUUAAUGGCAGCUGUCUGUUGUAGAAUACAGAUUUUAGCAAUUUACAUAAACAGAAUGGAAGAUAAUGGUUCACAGGCUUUAAUUCAGUUGAAUGGUUAAAUACAUUUUCUGUCUUGUUCUCCUGAUGCUCAAUAUAACUCUAGUAUAUGAAAUAGUGGCUCAUGUGUCACUCUGUUUUUCUGGCAGGCUGGCAAGGGAUUGAUGUAGACGAGAAUGUAUUGGACGCGUUGCUGCUAAACACCUCUAGAAUAGGCCAUGGGUAUGCCCUCGUCAAGCAUCCAGCGACCCGUGAAAUGUCCCUUAAAAUGAACGUACCUCUGGAGAUAUGUCCUGUGUCCAAUCAGGUAAUUCAAACUGGCAUCUUCUAUACAAAGCCAGUAAUUCCCUUCACUCCUCAGCCAUUGUCAGCCGGCAGGGAGCUAAUGCGCAUUCUUGGACUGGAUUUGGGGUUUUAGCUGAAGCCGGAUGUUCUAAUGCAGAGCGUGAGGACGUCCAACUUCAGUUAGGCAACCAGACGUCCCCUAACUACUAGGAAGUACCUCUAGUGGCUGUCUGGUAGUUAACCCUGCAAGGUAAUUACCAUAUAUACUCGAGUAUAAGCCGAGUUUUUCGGCACAUUUUUUGUGCUGAAAAACCCCAACUCGGCUUAUACUCGAGUCAAUGUCUGUAUUGUGGCAAUUUACAUUGCCACAAUACAGACCAGGACCGCCAGGCUCAUUGCAAGCCCGGCGGUCCUGUUGGGGGCUGACAGCGAGGUGUUACUUACCUUCCUGCAGCUCCCUCCUCCUCUGUCAGCUCCGUUCUGCUCCCAGUGUAAAUCUCGUGAGACCCGCGGUAAACAGAACGGAGCUGACAGAGGAGCUGCACGGAGGAGGAGGGAGCUGCAGGAAGGUAAGUAACACCUCACUGUCAGCCCCCCACUGAACUGCCAAUGCCACUGGACCACCAGGGAUUCAGUAUUAUUUUAGUUUAAUAAUAAUAAUAAAAUAAAAUGUUUUUUUUGUCCCCCCUCCCUGGCCAGGCAACAAGCAGGGAGGGGGGACAAAAAAAAAUAAAAAAUAAAAAUAACGCAAAUAUUAAAAUAAUAAUAUAGUAAUAUUAUUAUUUUAAUAUUAUAUUUUAAUAUUAUUUUAUUAUUAUAUUAUUAUUUUAAUAUUUGAAUUAUUUUAAAAAAAUAAAAAUUUUGUCCCCCCUCCCUGACCAGGCAACAAGCAGGGAGAGGGGACAAUAAUGCAAAUAUUAAAAUAAUAAUAAUAUUAUUAAAAUAAUAAUAUAAUAAUAUUAAAAUAAUAUAAAAUUACAAAAUUAAAAUAAAAAUGCCCUCCCCUCAUCCAGUUUACACACACUGCACAAACACACACACUGCAUUAUAUACGCACACACAACACACACACACUGCAUUCAUUAUAUAUACAUACACAAACACACACUCUGCAUUCAUUAUAUACACACACACAAACACACACUCUGCAUUCAUUAUAUACACACACACAAACACACACUCUGCAUUCAUUCUAUACACACACACAAACACACACUCUGCAUUCAUUCUAUACACACACUGUAAAUAAAUAUUCAAUUAAUGUAAUUUUAUUGGGAUCUAAUUUAAUUUAGAAAUUUACCAGUAGAUGCUGCAUUUCCCACCCUAGGCUUAUACUCGAGUCAAUAAGUUUUCCCAGUUUUUUGUGGUAAAAUUAGGGGCCUCGGCUUAUAUUCGGGUCGGCUUAUACUCGAGUAUAUACGGUAAUGCAGUUUCACAAUAACUGCAAUAAUCACAAUUGCAGGGUUAAGAAGACUGUCACAGUGCACAAUCAGUGAGCUGAAGUGGUCCGGGUGCCUAUAGUGUCCCUUUAAUUAUCACCGUGCAGUGACAGUUGUUAUCUUUUUUAUCAGAUUCUUGUGAUUACUUGAGAUGCAGAUUAGCAGAAGCAGUAGGGACUUUACUGUGAAUAUAUAUUUUUCGUUUUCAUUUUUCAAGUUGUUUUUUUUUUUGUGUGCAUAUUUGAAAAGAGUAGUCAUGUCCUUUAAAUAUAUAUAAUGACCUGAAGUUAAAUCUCUCAUUACCAUCUUUUGUGGAAAGCAAGUUCUACCCUGUAUUUGUCAAUGAGAGCUUUUUGCAGCAAGUAACACGCCUAAUUUUUAGGUUUCCUUGAAUUGAACGUUUGUGUUUCAGGUACUGCUCCUGGUGAAUGACCUCCGGAAUCAUCCUGCGGCUACACUGCUUGCUGAAGGACAUCCAGUGGUGAUCAGCUCUGACGAUCCAUCUAUUUUUGGGGCUCAAGGUGUUUCCUAUGACUUUUAUGAGGUUUUCAUGGGAAUUGGGGGCAUGAAGGCCGAUCUGAGGACCCUAAAACAGUUGGUUAUGAAUUCUAUAAUGUAAGUGACAAUUUUUGCUUUUAGAAAUGGUCAUGGUGCAGGCAGUAUUUGUGUGUAACAUUACUGCUUGAAAUGCAACCUAUACAGAGAAAUUUGUCAUUAUGUGCUAGGGUGCAGUUACACAUACAGCAAACAUUACUUCGUUAGCCCAGACCUCUGUUCAAGACUCAAUAAUGUGAGUUAAUUACAUCCAUCAGCUUGCACUGCGUGCUGGUGACAGAUGAUAACAGCCUCUUCUCUUGCAUGAAGUAUUGUGAGUGCACUUGCAAUGUGAAGCCUGUUGGAAGUUUAAUGCCUUAUUAGAAUAUUGUCACCCUUCAUUCCAUCUCUAUCUCCUUACAUGAUGUUUCAUUUAUUCCCCUCAGCGAAAGGGGGAGGAGUGUUGGCUUUAUGGGCGAGAUAAGCUGUGACUUAGCUCAUAUAGCUGCUCCUGAACGUGAACACCACACGCAUGCGAGGUGUAUAAUUUAUUGGUUAACAAAAUUUUAAAAGUAUGAUACGGUGUAAUGACAGCAAAGGCAGGGAAACAAUCAUGGACAGCUUUGUAUGGCACUAGAUUUAAGGUAAGUUUUAGCAUUAAUUUAAAUGGUUUUCUAAAAAAAAUAUAUAAAAAUGCAGGGGUGGGGAGGUUGGUCGGGCUAUAAGUGCCAAUAUUGCUGCAAUGUGGUAACAAUGUUUUGUUACUCUUUUCCUGUACUGUUUUUUUUUUUUUUUUGAAUACUCUUUUGGUAUAAAAGUCUAAGUUUAGAAUAUGCAAUGUGCAUGCAUUUAUUAUGAACCUGAAUUGCAAUGAGAACUUGAGUGAGCUAUAAAUAUUGGAUGAUUAAGUAAACUAGGAUGUAGCUGUAGACAUUUUUGUUUUUAUUUGUAGAUAUUGUGUGCACAGUGCUGUAUAAUUUAUUGUUUUAUUUUUCAUAGUUAUAGCGUGUAUUCUAAUUGCAUCCUUAGAGUUAGAGGUUCCUAACUGAUGCACAAAUUGCGGUAGUUUGUGGACACAGGAAGUAAUAUAUAUUUUUUUCUGUGUUUAGUUACAGUGCUUUGUCUCAAGAAGGAAAACAGCGAGUUAAAGAUGUCUGGCAGAAGAAAUGGGACAUGUUUAUAGAAGAUCUGGCCAAGGAUAACUUAGAUAUGUAAAUAUUAGAGAUAUGCCUCAGACUCACUUGGACCCUUAUUCAGUGUAAUGUGAAGCUGACAGAAGAAAAUGGUUGAAAAAUCCCAGAAAAUAAGAAAAACAAGAAAAUAACUUCACAGGAUUUUGAAUAAGGGUCAUGAAGUGAGAGUUAUGUGUGACUGGGAAAGUGUGUGAGUGCGUGUGUGAAAGUACAGGAUGUGCGAAGAGUGAAAAAUGAAGAGAAAUUGUGAGCAAGGAGAGAAUGAAGGAAAGGAAGAACCAAUUCAGAUAGCAGAAGGUAUGAACGGUGGUCAUUAAGUGGUCUGUUCCUUAAGGAAUAGUUGUUUUUUCUUUUGCGAUGGUACAAUCAGUCAUCACUGUGCUCUUUAAAUUACUCACAGUUUCUCAAGUUAAGUCCCAUAUAUUGGGUACAUGAUAUAGAAUAAGCUCCAUUACCUAUGUAAUGAGAUCAUGUGUUAUGAGUUGCCUGCUGUGCCUCAUCCUGCAUUUUUUGGGUGCUUAGUAACCUUACCUCUUAUGAACUCACCAAUGCUAAGGCAGAAAUAUCAUGAGAUGUUGAUGGGUCUUGAGGACAGGUUUGAAGAAUAUUGCUUUAGUAAAUAGAUGCCUGAUGUAGGAAAGCAGAGUGUUUGAGAAGCAAAGAGAGAACUUGUGGAUUGUGAGAGAAAAAGAAAAAUUGCCAAAGAAAUAAAAGAGAAGAAUGUAUAAAUGAAGCCAAGCAUUGAAAAACAAAUGAUCUUAACAUUUUAAAUAUUAUAAGGGCGACUGAAUAACAGUAUAUUUCCCAGGACUGACCUUUAGCCCAGAAAAAAAGAAUAUGAAAAAAAGUUGCUCAGAAAUGCCUGAAAUUAAAGGAGUAACAUGAAGUAUGGGGAAGACUUGUGUAGGGAUACCUGAGGUUAUGGGAGCAAGUUUUACAAAUAUUUAAAGAAACACUCUGGGCACCAACACAUCUUCAUGGUCCCAUAUUCAUGCUUUAUUUUCAUCCCUGUUCAAAUUAAUUUAGUUUUGCUUAAAAAAUUAAAAAAAGUUUUGCUGUUUCCUGAAGCUUACUCUGCUCCUUAAGGAACACUAUAAUGUUAGGAAUAUAAAGCUGUAUUGCUAACACUGUUGUGUCCCUUUGCCUCUGCGACACUUUCCCUGGAAAGGUGUUUUCUUUGUUUAGUUUUUUUAAUUCAUGAGAUUUGCAUGUGGAGAAAAAUACAGCCUCAACAAAAGAGCAAAACGUAUCAAAUGCACUUAAGAUGUGUAGGUGCCUGAAGUAUGACUGGAGUGUCAGCUUUAUAUUACUACUGUUUUCUAUAUAAGAGGCAAUGCCAUAAUUACUACUAUUUGUUGCAUGAUAAGCCAUGUGUGGUUUGCUUUAGAAAGUGCAGAGGGACCAAGUACCCAUUUUGAAGUGACAGGAAGAACGUUACAUUGUGGGGAGCAAUUUAUGAGCCCUAGGAUAAUGUAUGCUGGGUUAUAUUUGGUCUGUCUCUCCUUUUAAGAACGUGACUUCUGAUCUAUAUAUUAAAAUUGGUGUCUAUAUAUUUAAAAUCUACUGAAAAGCAUUUAAACAACGGGAAAACCAAACAUUUACAAUUAAUUCUAGGCAGAACUAUGAGGCAUGUGGAGUACAGUUCAUUUUUCUUUAUGCUCUUUGGCAAAAUAGAGCUAAUGUUGGCCUCUGAUUGGGUCCUGUGGAUGAGUCGGCACUGAGGGGAGUAAAAAUAUUGAACUUUGUUUUAUUAUAUAUUUAUGUCUAAAUUGCCAAUGUAAACCAACCAUUAAAAAAUUAUGAUUGGUCAGUGUGUCUAACUGAGUGUGAAGUAUGUAGCUGUGUUGCGAGUUGAGUGGGUAGGUGUGUGUGAGAGAAGGUUGUGUUUCAUAUCUUCAGCCUCCCCACACGUUACAUAAUUUGGAGAAAAAAAAGUCCUUCUGUGUACCUUUGGGAAGGCAGGGAGUACUCAUUCCUGGUAGUCUAGUGGGGCAGUGAUCAUGGUUUCAGUCCUUGGUGGUCUGGUGCGGCUGUUAUACUACUUCCUUGUGGUUUAGUAGUAGAGCUUCUGGUCUGCACUUUCAGCCAAAGCUGGAUUAUCCAUAAGGUGUCUGCUUUGUGCUCGAUGGGCCCCCUGUCUGUGCCUGGAGCUCAAGCUCUGUCUUUGAGAGGUUCCUCCCUGAACUGAACUGGAUCAAAAGAGCUCCCUACUUGGCAAUGUACCAGGAGUGGAAAAAGCAAACCAGUUGUUGACCAAUGGCCCAAGGUUCUUGGGAUCUCUGUGACCAUCUUGGCUUGCCUCAUAGACAGGCUGACUCUCUGCUUAGUGCCCUGGUAAUUACAUUACAAGUACUCUCAUAUGGGCAUAGAGUGGCUGUCUACACAUUCUCUGAGAAUCAACUUAAGUCCUCAAAGAUUAUACUUAGGUACAGACCUACAAAUGCUACUUGAGAAUACCUUACCAAUCUAUUUUACAACAUUACUGUCAAUGGUAAGCUCGUUUGAGCAGGGCCCUCUUCAACCUAUCAUUCCUGUAAGUUUUCUUGUAAUUUUCCUAUUUAUAGUUAAAUCCCCCCUCUCAUAAUAUUGUAACGCGCUAAGCAAUCUGAUGGCGCUAUAUAAAUGGCAAUAAUAAUAAUAAUAAUUGUGUCCAGUCUAUAAUAAAGCUCAUGCUAGGCUAAAAAUUAACUAUAAUUGUAGGUGUUAAACUUAUAAAGAAACUGAAACAACUACCUCAGACCAAUAGAGAAUGACUGAGAAAAAGAUAUGAAUCUUCCAGCCAAUUUGCAUUGCCAAAACAUAGGAAAUCUUGCCUUUGCCCACAAGGAGUCAUCCCAGCAAUAUUAUUUAUUCUGCUUUUAACUUUGUAUUACUCCUUAACCCAUACAAUGUUUUUGCCAUUGUUCUUCCUCUUUCAGAAAGUGUCAAUGUAAUAUAGUUUUAAGUGGUUUGUGUAGUCCCCAAGGCCCAGCUUUGUACACCAGAAAUAUCUAAACCACAAACUAGAAUCAAAUUGAUUUGGGAAUUGUAAAAACACCCAUUUAUUGCUUUGGAAUGUUGCUCAGUAUGAGACAUUGGUGUAAUUUAUAACAUUUUAAACUGACUUCAUACAGCUUUUUCCAAUGUUUUUUUUUUUUAUGAAGAACUACUACCUACAGAUAUAAAAUUCUCAUCUAUCCAACCUGUACGAAGUUUGAUUGUAAUUACUUCUUGAUGCGUUUGCAUUUUUUCUGUGUGCUGGUGACAUCUAGGAACUUCACCACAAUUUAUUCUUCUACCGAGUCCUUCGCUCAAUUUCCAUUUGCAACCAACAUGCAUUAAACUUGGCUCAAUUAUGCUCAUAUUUAAUUCAUAUAUUUUAAACUUCAGUUUAAGUUUUGGGAAUCACCUAUAAUAAUUUUUUACAAUUAUUGAGGCUGUUGUGUUGCACAUGUUGUUGAGUCCAAGUUGUUUAAUCUGGGAGUGAGGUAUCAUGCAUCGCUCCAUAAGAAAAUAAUUAUCCAUCAUUAAGAACUUAAUUAUACAUAUAAUAAGUUGGUAAAAUUCCUGAUUGUUAGCAUAGAUAGGCACAGACCUCAGUCAGUGCUUCACAUCCUCUGCGCGAACUAUACCAAAUCUAGGCAACCUUUAGCACUCCAGAUGUUGUGGACUACAUCUCUCAUAAUGCUCUUACAGCCAUAAUCUUGGCAAAGCAUCAAGGGACUUGUCGUCUACAACAUCAGGAGUGCUGAAGGUUGCUUGCCCCUGAACUAGACCCUGUUUAAAUCACCAGACUGAGAAGAUGCAGGGGCAAAGAUAAGUGCUGGUACAGAUUUCAACAGCCCUUGCUUUUACAAUAUGGGUCAAGUAAACAUUUGAUUGCUUUAAGACAAGGUUCUCGAAACUCUGGCCCUCCAGAUGUUACAGAAUGAUUAUCUGCCUAUCUAUUUCAUUCAAAGAAUCAUGGGAGUUGUACUUCAGCAACAUCUGGAGGAUCAGAGCUGUGAGAACCCUGCUUUAAGGUGCACCCCACCUGCGGUAAAUGGGCUCUUUUGAAGUCUCUUUUGUGACGGUUGUCAUCCUGCUCCUUAGUUUAAAAACCCAUGCGUAUGGCUUUAAAGGAACACACACCAUGCACUAUAACUACUACAGCCCGCUGUAGUGGUUAUACUGCCUGUGUGAGUAGCCAAAGCAUUUAAGAACGGUUUUACAACUUACCUGAGAUAUGCAAGGAACAUGCCACCUCCUUUGCCCCUGAAGGCUUUUGCACUGAGCUAACCAUAGUAGUACAGGGAGGUGCUUAAUGGAUGAGAGUGUUCAGCUGAAGCUCUCAGAGGACUGGAAGACUUAGCUCAGUGGAGCUAACGGAAGAAGGAGCUCCAGCUCCAGAAGAGGCAGUUGGGGGUACCUGGUAGAUCCCAGGUAAGUUGUCCAACUGUUCUUAAACGGUUUGACUAAUUACAAUGUGGAGUACCAGGGCACUGCUGGCAGCAUAAAUACUACAGCAGGAUGUAGUGGUGUUUGAAGUUUACAUUUAAAGAUGGACAAAGUUAUAUUUUCUGAUUAAAUGCCCAAAGUAAAGCCUAACCUCAGAUAGAACUGCGACUUAUCAGAAUAAUGCAUGUUUUAAAGAAUUCUAAUUUCCAACUACUUUGCUGUUUCUCUGGUGUGUAACAACUAAAUGUCUCUAGUGUAGGGCCUAUGGGUUGAGAUUUCAAUUUAUCUCCUUAGCACUUUACUUCUACUGUUUCUAUUUUAUAGGGUGAUUUUCCAAUAGUCCAUAACAUUUCUGUAUAUUAGGUAGAUUGUGGGCUCUAUGGGGCAGAGAUAAUAAAUGCACUUUUUCAAUUACUUAAAAAUGUGACUCCUGUACAUUGUAUGAUUUAAUGGAAAUUUUUAGAAAUUUUUAUUGUGUUGAACCAUCAUCCUUAAAUUUCAUUGACAAUAUAGAUAAUUUAUACCCUAAUUUUUUGUUUGCUUUUUUCUUUCUAUAUUGAAUGUACUUAUUUUUACUGCAAAUACUGUAUUGUCAUUAUACAUUUUCAUUUUGAUUAUUACAAACUUGAUCUGUGAGCUUAGAGUGUUUCAGUUGGCUCGAGUGUCCUGUAGAUGUCCUAGUGGCAUUUCUCAAAUCAUUUGUGUAUGAACUGGCAACUUGCUUGGCUACUAUGGCCAAUAAAGGUCUGUGCUCAUUGACUGAGAACAUUCAGCUAAUGCUCUCAGCCAAUGAUCGUAUCUCUGAAUGGCCCUUCUUAGCUCAGCAGCAGAUUCUCCUAAAAAAGACCGGAAGCAGGGUUUGCAGCCACAGUACAGUAAAACAUAGUACUAAUUAAAUUGUAAAGGGACAAUGAAGGCACUAUAACCAUUUAGCUCAAUGAAUCGGUUACAGUUUCACUGCACUCCAUUUAGCGUUAAUCCAUUUCCAACUAGUUCAGCACUGAAUGAGAUUCCGUGGCCACCCUUAGCCCAGCCCCCAUAAGAGGUAAUGGGAGCUCUCUCCUGUGUAGCUAGGAUGCACUCAUUUACCUUUUAAUCACCCAUAUUUCCUAACCUUAGCCACCUUCAAUUGACAAAAUAUUUAAAUCAAUACAAUGUUGAUUGUAGAUAAAAUAUGUGAA